GGAGGGCCGAGCAGGCUGGGGGUACGGAGCAGUCCGGGGUUAAGGGGCAGAGAGAGCAGAGCUCGGAGACUGGCCUCGGGGAGCGCAGCUCGGACAGCAUUCACAGACACCCUGCGGGGAUUCGAGAUGUGGCAGCCGGCCAGUGAGAGGCUACAGGUGAGAGCAGGAUGUCAGGGAGGGAAAGCUGUGCUAGCCCGGUGUUACCGGGGCUCUGAUAGGGGCGGGAGAUCGGUAACACUGGGCAGCUUCACACCGUGCAGAUAACGGUACCCGGAGAUACAGUGAUAUCAGGGACUGCGGUCUCUGUGUGUGUGUGGUCUCACAACUGGUGGUUGACCAGUGACGUGGGGUGGCCCAGGGACGUCGUUGGGCCAGUGACGUGGGGUGGCCCAGGGACGUCGUUGGGCCAGUGACGUGGGGUGCCCCAGGGACGUCGUUGGGCCAGUGACGUGGGGUGCCCCAGGGACGUCGUUUGGCCAGUGACGUGGGGUGGCCCAGGGACGUCGUUGGGGCAGUGACGUGGGGUGGCCCAGGGACGUCGUUGGGGCAGUGACGUGGGGUGGCCCAGGGACGUCGUUGGGGCAGUGACGUGGGGUGGCCCAGGGACGUCGUUGGGCCAGUGACGUGUGUUGGGCCAGUGGCGUGGGGUGGCCCAGGGACGUCGGUGGGCCAGUGACGUGGGGUGGCCCAGGGACGUCGGGUGGCCCAGUGACGUCGGGUGGCCCAGUGACGUCGGGUGGCCCAGUGACGUGGGGUGGCCCAGUGACGUGGGGUGGCCCAGUGACGUGGGGUGGGCCAGGGACGUCGGUGGGCCAGUGACGUGGGGUGGCCCAGGGACGUCGGUGGGCCAGUGAAGUGGGGUGGCCCAGGGACGUCGGUGGGCCAGUGAAGUGGGGUGGCCCAGGGACGUCGGUGGGCCAGUGAAGUGGGGUGGCCCAGGGACGUCGGUGGGCCAGUGACGUGGGGUGGCCCAGGGACGUCGGUGGGACAGUGACGUGGGGUGGCCCAGGGACGUCGGUGGGACAGUGACGUGGGGUGGCCCAGGGACGUCGUUGGGACAGUGACGUGGGGUGGCCCAGGGACGUCGGUGGGCCAGUGACGUGGGGUGGCCCAGGGACGUCGGUGGGCCAGUGACGUGGGGUGGCCCAGGGACGUCGGUGGGCCAGUGACGUGGGGUGGCCCAGGGACGUCGGUGGGCCAGUGACGUGGGGUGGCCCAGGGAUGUUGGUGGGACAGUGACGUGUGGUGGCGUCACUGUCCCAGGGACGUCGUUGGGCCAGUGACGUGUGGUGGCCCAGGGACGUCGUUGGGCCAGUGACGUGUGGUGGCCCAGGGACGUCGUUGGGCCACUUGUGUGGUGGCCAAGGGAUGUCGGCGGGCCAGUCAAGUGAAAUGUUUGGUGAUCAGAGAUAGAAGUAAUGUGGUUGGCUAUAGUACUUUCUGUGUGUAGGGAUGACGGGACUUGUACAGUGUUUGUAGUUUGCUUGAGUGACUGGUAUCUGGUAUUAUUUGGUACUCUGACAUAUAAAGUAUUUGUUUGUACUGGUGUGUUGAUUUAUUUUAUUUUUUUGAGUCAACCCCUAAUUGAGCAUUGCUGAUGCCGAAAAGCAGGAUUUUUUUUUUUUCUUGAUGCAAUGAUUUUGCAUAAAUAUCAAUUGAAAAUGUAAUUACAAAAUAAACUAUAUUGUUAUCACAUUAUCAUACAACAACACAGAACUGUAUUUUUUUUUUUUCUAAUUUUUUUGUUUUGCUUUAUAGUAUAUAUAAAUAUACUGUGUACCAUUCUGAUUAUUCGUAGAGAAGCUAAACAGCUAGGUUAUUUUACCAAGUGCACCAAAUGGUCAGGUUUCCUCUGUACAAAACAAAGUGUUGUAAAGAGCCCUGGAAAUCUCUUCUAACUUUGUGUAUUGUAGUGUUCUGUAAGUGGCAUUUAAAGGACCACUAUAUGCACCCAGAUCACUUCAGCUUAAAGGACCACUAUAGUGCCAGGAAAACAUACUCGUUUUCCUGGCACUAUAGUGCCCUGUGGGUGCCCCCACUCUCAUGGUCCCCCUCCCGCCAGGCUCUAGGGGGAGGAAGGGGUUAAACUUACCUCUUGCUGCCGCGCGCGCAUUCAGCCAGUCACAUAGGAAAGGAAAGCAUUCACCAUGCUUUCCUAUGGACGCUGGCGUCUUCUCACUGUGAAAAUCACAGUGAGAAGCGCGGAAGCGCCUCUAGCGGCUGUCAAUGAGACAGCCACUAGAGGCUGGAUUAACCCAUAGGUAAACAUAGCAGUUUCUCUGAAACUGCUGUGUUUAUAGAAAAAAGGGGUUAAUCCUAGCUGGACCAGGCACCCAGACCAUUAAGCUGAAGUGGUCUGGGUGCCUAUAGUGGUCCUUUAAGGAAGUCGUCUGGCUGCCAGGUCCAUCUAGGGUUAACCAUGCCUGCGGUAAACAUAGCAGUUUCAGAGAAACUGCUAUGUUUGCAAAUGGGUUAAUCCAGCCUCUAGCGGCUGUCUCCUUGACAGCCGCUAGAGGUGCUUCCGCGCUUCUCAAUGUGAUUUUCACAGUGAGAAGAUGCUGACGUCCAUAGGAAAGCACUGAGACUGGCUGAAUGCACGCCGCUCUUGCCGCGCAUGCGCAUUCAGACGAUGACGGCAGAAGAAGGAGGAGAUUCCCCAGGGAGCCCGGCGCUGGAAAAAGGUAGGAAUUUAACCCCUUCCUCACCCUAGAGCCUGGGGUGAGGGGGACCCUAUAGAGCCAGGAAAACAAGUGUUUUCCUGGCACUAUAGUGGUCCUUUAAGAACUUCUUGCAGAGAAUAUGUUUAUACUGCCUACCAGAGAAUGUUUGUUCAUUCAGCAUUUUGGUGGAGUCCCUUUUUAAGGGUUUAUAGUCAACCCUUAACUACAUGUCUGUUGAGGUGCCUUUUAAACCAUUUUAUAUAUGCACGUGGCCUUAUAAGAAAUGUUACUAGAUGGGCCAACAUAUUGUGCAACUUGCAAUAGCAGUCCUGGAAUUCAUUAUUUUUCUCUGCAAUCUGUACCUUAGCAAGUUUAUUUUACCCACACCCCCAUUUGUUUCUGUUUACUGAUCAGUCAUGUUCCCAGCUCAAAGGUUUGUUUGGUUGGUGGAGACAAAAAUAAAGUACCAUGAUGUAUCACCAAGAUAUUGGAAUAUGUAUUAAUGAAGGGCAGUCAUGGCGUUGGAGGUGCAGAAACAACCAUUUUGGUGUUAGUACGUCCAUUCUGCAUUGCGCAGGUUAGCUUAAAGGGUUACUACAACCAAAAAAAACUAAAUAUUAUUUUUGGUCAGAGGAACACUUCCUAUACAGACCCACCUUACCCCCCAAAAGAUAAAUAGAAAUAAAAAAAUUAAGAAAGUUGCUCAAACUUAACUCUAUUCCAGCUUCACAACCAGGUUUUCACUGCAGUCUGAUCGUCCUCCACUGAUGUCACUCCCCUUCACCGGAAAGGGAACAUGGGCUAGUUAGAGGACAUUGGUGGCGUGAUGGGGAUUGCCACCAUUGGCUGUCUGUCAUCCGCAUGCUAUUUGUGUUGAUGACAAAGUCCAAAUUUGCACAGAAUUCACAUUAGCCACCUGAAACCUCUGGGCUGACUAAUGAUACUCCAGUGAUCCUGCCGGAGAUGGCUACACCAACGGCAGCAGAGGGGUUAAUAUUUUUAUGUGCAGGGUUUCACAGUAAAACAUUGCACAUACAGACUCCAGGCACUAUGACACCUUCGCUGAACCUUCUAAGCUUGUUAUUUUAAUGUAAACAAAAGGUUUAUCACUUUAUGACAAAAGUGUUACACACAUCAUGCAGAAUUAUGUGUAGAUAUCUAAAGGAAUUUUGCAAAGUUUUUUUUUUUCCAAAACCAAAAUUAUGUGAAAUAACAUGUACGCAAAGUUAAUUUUGAGCAAGCCUUUUAUAAACACAUCUUACAUAUACCACCAUUGCAAAUGUGUAAAAUAUAUAUAUCUCCCCCCCUCCCAUGGCACUCAACCCCCAAAAAAUAUGUAAAAGUGAAACUACACUCAGGUGCUUACCAGCAGAGCAUACAAACAUAGUAAACACAGUAGCACGCUCUCGGUUUUCCAAGUGUAUUAAAAAAUUAUCACAAUCUUGGAGGUGUCCCUAGGGGCAUGACAGGGCUGGCGCCACCGUUAGGCGAACUAGGCAUUCGCCUAGGGAGCCUGCCUGCUGGGGGCGCACACCGGGAUAUUUCCUGGUGGGCUCCCCCUGUCUUGAACCAUAGCACUGGACGAGCGGCUCUAGAGCCGUCCCCUCUCAGCACCGGGCUGCUCCUCCAGGUGCCCGAAGGUGGGGGCGCCCAGAGGAGCCCUGUCACAGUAUGACAGAGCAGGCACCUUCUUAUCUUGAUGACAGGUGUCUUCUCUGCCAUCAAAUGCCGGUGACCAGAAGAGAAGGCAGGCGGCGAGGGAGGCUCUUCUUGCAGCCUCUCACUCGUGUGCCCUCUGUGAUGCCGGGAGCCGGAAUAUGAUGUCAUUCCGGCCCCGACAUACUAAACGACGGGCGGGAAGAGUGAGGAGCUGCCCCAUACUGGACCCCAGGGAGGUGUGUCUGUCAGUGAGUGUGUGUGUGUCAUCGUGUGUGUCUGUCAGUGAGUGACAUGAAGGGGCAGUAAAAUGGAUCUUUGCCUAGGGCGGCAGAAAUCCUUGCACCGGCCAUGGGCAAUGUAAACUCUGCCUUUUCUCUGAAAAGGCAGUGUUUGCAUGAAUAUGCCUAAAGGGAGAUAUUAUAUUCAUCAGAACACCUACAUUAAGCUGUAGUUGUUCUGGUGACUAUAGUAUCACUUUAACUUGCAAACGUGUUCACUGAGAUGUGAUUUGCAGAGGCUCUGUCACAAUCUGGGGUCUUUGCAAAUUUGCUGACGGUGACUUUGCUGCUGGGGGUGUGGAGGUCAGGGAAAGGUGAGAUUUAUUUACCUAAACCUGUCACUUGUGGGCGCCACCAUCCUUUUAAUGAUUUUUUUUUUCAGCUACUGGCACUUCAUCUGGCACAAGCUUACAUAGCAUUGUAUGCAUGCGCGAAUGUACAUCAUUGAAGCCUAUGGAGGAUUCCGCUAGACCCCGAAAUUCCAACUCAGUCAAUCUGAAUAUUUUAUAAAGAUUUGGUUUUUAUGAAAUAUUUAUUUCUGAUGUGUGUGACAGAGCUGCUGUAGCCUCCUUCUAUCCCUAAAACAUUACUGUAAAGGAAAAGCUUUACAUAUUGUAACUGAACUGGGAAAGACAUUUGGGCAAGUUGAUGGAGUGUUCACUUGCUGAAGUGGGUAUGGUGCCUUGAGUCCAUGGCACUGAGUCCCACAUCAAUAUUAGUUUACUCACCGUUUAGCAGAAAUGCUCAGUCCCAGCAGCAUGUUCACCAGUAAAGAAAUGGUGUAGGUAGAUCUAUGCUUGGCAUCACAUCGUAUCACCAUAUUUAGCAGACAAUGAUCGAAUGAGAGCAUGAACACUAUUUCUUAACUACAUACUGUCUCAUCUACUUUCACCAAUGUUUUUAUCUGCGUACAAUGCUACAUUCUGUUUCUAUUCCCAGACCGUGAUCUGUUUUGAAUGCUUAAGCAAUAGUUUGAGGUUUUUAAGUCCCCCUCCCCUCGCCCCCAGCUUUCUCCAUCUUUGGUACAAUGAAAAACAGAAGAAUAAUAUGAAAAGCGUGUUUUGAUCUGGCUGAAACUUUCAAGUACAUUAGGAGAUUCAGCAAAAAGGCAUGUUUCCCGCUAGCCUGGGAGACAUGUCUGAGAAGCUUUUACACUGUAAGUGACUAUAGAGCUGUGAUUUUUAGAUCCACAGGACUGAUUACUGCUGUUGCUCCCAGACGUCAUGGAAUCUCAAAAUACAGUGGUACCUCAGUUUACAAACGCCUUGUUAACAUACCCGAAUAUAAGUCGAGACCCCUAAUUUUACCCCAAAAAACUGGGAAAACUUAUUGACUCGAUUAUAAAACUAGGGUGGGAAAUGCAGCAGCUACUGGUAAAUUUCUAAAUAAAAUUAUAUCCCCCCCAAAAUUAUAUUAAUUGAAUAUUUAUUUCCAGUGUGUGUAUGAGUGCAGUGUGUGUGAUGCAGAGCCUUGGUGGGGGGGUGGGCAUUUUUAUUAUUUUUUUAUUUUUUAUUUUUUUUUAUUAUUAUUUUAUUUUAUUAUUUAAAUUAUUUAUUUAGAUUUUUUUUUUUGUCCCCCUUCCCUGCUUGAUACAUGGCCAGGGAGGGGGGCUCUCAUUCCCUGGUGGUCCAGUGGGGGGGCUGGCAGCGAGCUGUAACUUACCUUUCCUGCAGCUCCUGUCAGCUCCCUUCUCUCUCCUCCGGUCCGGUCAGCUCCCCUGUAAGUCUCGCAGUCUGUGAGCCGCGCUGAGAUUACCGUGGCAACGCUCUGACCCCGCGGCUCUCGCGAGACUUGCAGUGGAGCUGACCGGAGGAGAGAGAAGAGAGCUGACAGGAGCUGCAGGAAAGGUAAGUUACAGCUCUCUGCCAGCCCCCAACAGGACCGCCGGGCUUGUAAUGAGCCCGGUGGUCCUUGUCUGUAUUAUGGCAAUGUAAGUUGCCAUAAUACAGACAGUGACUCUAGUAUAAGACGAGUGGGGGUUUUCAGCACAAAAAAUGUGCUGAAAAACUCGUCUUAUACUCGAGUAUAUACGAUAAUUUUCUUUUUACAAAUGAAAAUCCAUUGAAGAUAAUGCCUCGGUUUUUCCAAUACAAAGCACGUUUCCCCAGUAUGCAUUGCGCCUGGGAGGUUUAUACCGCCGCCCCAGUGCAUGCUGGAGUCUGUGGGUAGCACGUGGUGUCCAGCGUGGAGGUGUUGGAGCGGCUUUUGCAUCGCGUUUUGGAGCCAUUCUUGAUUUUAUUUUUAUUUUAUUUUUUUUAUUUUAAUUUUUUUGCUGUGGUUUUGGGACUUUUUGGAACCUUUUUUUUGGGUGCGUUUCUCAAGCGGUGGAAAGGUAGGGAGCUGAGCUUUGUUGUUUGCAUGCCUUUUAUUGUGUGUUCUGCAUUGUGAGUUGGUUUCCAUGUCAGCUCAUUUUGACUUUUUUCUGACCUCCAGAAUAGAUUAAUUGGUUUUCAAUGCAUUCCUAUGGGAAACCACGUUUCGGUUUACAAUUUUUUUGCAAUACAAAACAUCCCGGGGAACGCAUUAAAUUCGUAAACCGAGGUACCACUGUAAAUGCAUUUCCACCUAUACGUGGCUUUUACCUCUAGCUGUGUUACGGCAGGCCAGGCUGAAUAUAUGAAAGUCUUAGUGUGUUAUUGGGGACUUUACAUUUGUCUUGCGUUAGAGUUUUGAAAAAGUCAGUGUAAAGCAAAAUUAUUUUACAUAAAAGCUAUAUGAAGGUUGUGUCCCAGAUAAUGUUUUGAUCAGAAAUUAUCAGGAAAAAACAUAUUUUAAGAUUGUGAAAUAUAAACUGAUUUUUUUUUGUUUUUUGUUUUUUUAUGUUGUAAUUGUAGAAAAACAGGAUUCUUCAUAUUCAGAGAGAGGAAUCGAAAACUGGGCAUAUAUGAAAAUAAAUACGAACGCAUGCACACGUCCAUGGCAGUCAUAAAACUUGGGAGAACCUGCCAUUAAUCCUCUAACUUCAUGAGUAGGAUUAUAUAGUUAUAGCAUCCAAUAAGUGGCAUUAAGAGUUAUGAAACAUAUGUAGGUUUGCUUCAUGAUUUCCAUAUACAUCUAUAGAUAGUUGUUCAUAGUUUUUAAUUCAUCUGGUUUGUACAAACCAAUCCAUUAUUUAUGAAAUUUAUAGGAUAUGUGGCAGUUUUUCCAUAUAAAAAAAUUAUUUCUUAGCAGCUGAUAAAAUAUGGAAAGAUAUAUUUUGUAUUUUAAUUUAUUUUUGUAUUCUUAAAAGAACACUCCAAGCACUGUAGCCUCUAUAUCCCUCUGCAGUGGUCACGGUGUCAGGAGAACCCUGGAACCUCUACCCCACACUCACCUGCCAAUAUAAAUAGUCCGUUUGAUAUUGGUUUCGCUUCUUACCUGGGAUUUGCUGGGUACCUGUGACCGUCAGACACACUCUGGACUCUGAGUUAAACAUGGUGCAUGACCUCAUUAACUGAGGGCAGUCAACUGAUGCUCUCGGCCGUUGAGUUGGUCCUGCAAAACAGGAGCGUCUGUCUCUCCUUUUAAAGGAAGUGACUGGAGGCCAGUAGACACCAGUUAAGAAGUCAAUCGGUUUGUCUCGCUACAUUGGGAGUGCCAGGGCACUUCUGGCAUAAUAAGCAGUACAGUGCACUCUGGUGGUUCUGAUGCUUUGAGUAAGGAUGCAGGAGAAAUCGGGUUGAGUGUAUGUACAGGUCACAAACUCUACCACCAAGUAUGUACCUUUUGGCAUUUGAAUAUCUUCAGCACAUUGGUGACAACUGAGGAGAGCUCUAUUGCAACCUUUCAGGAGUCAAAUGCCAUACAGGCUGACUUCUCUUCCCAGAUAUCGCUGACCUAAUUUCUGCCCAUGUUUCCAUGGAAUUCAUUGACUCUGUCUCAGCUGACUCUCUCAGCCUAUCAUUUCCUUCCAAAUAUUUACAUAAGUGAUUUAGCUUAUGUGGUAGAGGAACUUCCACGAGCGCCAAGGCCACCCAAGUAAGCAUCAAAAUUUGACUCUUGUCACCGUAAUCCAUACAGCACAAAAAUAGUUGUUAUGGUGUUUAGACUGAUCCUUUAAUUCUUUGAACAACUAUGAAUUGUAACCGAAGAAUUGUUUGUGAUAAGAAAAUUCCCUUUAAGUACUGUAUGUGUUCGGCAUUAUUGUCUCUCCUUUCUACUUUCCAUAUUUCUGCCUAAUGCAUAAAUAGAUUUAGAUUCACUGCAGAAUGAAUUUUUGUUGGUUCUGUAUGUGUGCAAGUCUUCCAAAAAAAAUGAAUUGAAAACUUGAGUCAGAUGAAACCGGGCUGGGUGGGCCGGAUAGGGCUUUGUUACAUUUUUCGUUGUUUUAAUGGAACUAAUUUUACAAGCAGUAAGCAAGCAUCGAAAAAAAUUGCUUUUGUUGUACGUGUAACUCAGGCUUGGAGUAAAUGUUGCAUGUUAAAACAGUCCAAAGAGUCCAAAAUCUAAUCAUCUGAGACUGUUCUAGAGUGUAGACACAUGACCUUUUAUAGGAAUGUAUCCCAUGUUCUUUACAAGGAUGGUGCCUGGAGAAGUGACUAGCAAUAGACUUAAUGCAUGCAUCCUCCUGUCUUCUAAUGAAACAUUUGGCUGCAUGUUAGCAUUUUGGAGCAAGGGAUGUUUAAACUUUGCUUUGAGUUUUGAGAUCAAGCCGGGAGGGAGGGGAAGGUUACUAAACCAAUGACAACGUAUUCUUGAAACUACUUCGUCUGUCAGGGCGAUUCCGUUUAACUGUUAAUAGUGAGCAGUGGCUGAGCACAGAAACUUUUAUUUAAUUUUGUAUAUUUUUUUUUUUUUUUGGUAGCAAUUUGUGGGUUUAUUUUUAUUUAUUUAUUUGCAUUCAUUUUUUUUUAAAUAUUAUUUAGGAGUGUGUUUUUUGUUGUUUUUUUUUACUCUUUUGGUGGGUUUUUUUCCCCCCCGAUUGGCACAGGGGUGACAAGGAUGACUUUGUAUAUAUUACCUGAUAGGGUUUUUAUUUAAAUUUAAUACCUUUUUAGAUACCACAGGUUGGAGUAACCCUUUAAGCUCAUUACAGAAUUUACCAAAAAACAACAAGGAAAAAUUUCAGAUUUAUCAGGUGUCUAUCCCUUUAAACCCUCAAUUUCCAUGAGUGUAGCGCUUAAGUAUAAAUUUAACAGUUGUGAAUAUACAUAUGUAGUGCCAAAAAAGCACUUACCAUCUAUACAAUGCUUAUAUUCCCAUGUAUAUAUAUAAAAAAAAGAGAUAUAUAUAUACAAAUAAUAGUGCAAUAUGUCUGAAAAAUUAAUGUUUAAAUUGUAACGUAAAUUAACUCACAUUUUUUAGAGCCUUUUACAGUGGUAAGGCUCUAAACUUCCAAGCGUCUGUGUCUUUUGGGUAGACCACAUAACCCCUUUCUCUCAGUAAAGGAACGUCUGUUACUCUCCAGAGUGUAUAAGAUAAAACAGAGAAAGAAACGUCCAAACUAAAUGUAGUAUUUCAAAAUACCAAUGUGUAUCAGUAUAAAUGAAAUCCAGAAAAGUGCUCACCUUUAUUUAGAGCCUUUUUAACUGGCUCUAAGUAUAUAGGUUCAGUGUCCGUUUGUAGGGUGACACUAUCCCUUUCUUGAAUCACUUGUACAGGAUGCAGGAAGUGAAGUAUAUAACAACUAUGUUUAUUAUCAAUAUUAAAAUGUAUACAAACUAUUAUAAAAACAAAAAAUAUAUAAAAACAUAUAUAAAUAAUACUAAUGUAUUAAGUGGUCUGGCAUAGGUCCACUUGCAGCCAAAACGCGUUUCACUGAAAAUCGGCUUCCUCAGUCAGCUUCAGGGUGUCUUCUAUCUUCUCUGCCUUUUUAAAUCUUUAUUUGCCCGCCAAAUAAUAUCAAGGACUACAUUACCCAUCACUAUAUCGGUUUAUAACCGGAAGUGACAUCCACGAACGCAAAGAACCAUGGGACAUGUAGUAAGAACAAACCGGAAGUGACGUGACGCCAUUUUGGACGCGUCAUAACAAAUCAUUACGGACCGGCAAAAGAGAAUUUUUGGCGGGCAAAUACUCUGGAGAGUAACAGACGUUCCUUUACUGAGAGAGAGGGGUUGUGUGGUCUACCCAAAAGACACAGACACUUGGAAGUUUAGAGCCUUACCACUGUAAAAGGCUCUAAAAAAUGUGAGUUAAUUUACGUUACAACUCACACGUAUAGUUUAAACUUUAAUUUUUCAGACAUAUUGCACUAGUAUUUGUAUAUAUUUUUUCUUUUUUUUAUAUAUACAUGGGAAUAUAAGCAUUGUAUAGAUGGUAAGUGCUUUUUUGGCACUACAUAUGUAUAUUCACAACUGUUACAUUUAUAUUUAAGCGCUACACUCAUGGAAAUUGAGGGUUUAAAGGGAUAGACACCUGAUGAAUCUGAAAUUUUUCCUUGUUGUUUUUUGGUGAUUUCUAUGUGUGUUGGGUCUUUAGGAGUACCCACAGAGUGUAUAGCAGCUAAAUUCAUUUCAAUAUCACAAUUCUAUAGCGCCACUUUUCCACAACCUGUGUGUGCACACUCAUUACAGAAUUUCUCCAUUAAAUUGGGGCAUUUUUAAUGCAUAUUUAAAGUGGGCUUUUUACAUGUGGGGCUCUGCAAUUUGUAAAAAGACCAGUUUUCACUUCCUAUACAACAUAUCUGGUGGCUGAUGGGAGGCAGAAUCAUUAGGGCAAUAUACUCAUUUGGAUUGCUUCCUCUUUAAUGCUGCCAUCAUCACUUCUUCAACACAUACUGUGACACAUAGAAAACAGAGGUUUAUGGAAGAUCCUGUCCGACCGCAGGAUCCUCUACAGCUCUUCUCACCCAUGUGCAAGAUGAUGCUGUACAUAUAAAAUGGAAACUGUAACACUUUAAAAAAAAAAAAGCUUUUUGCAACUUACCGUGUUUCUCCGAAAAUAAGACCGGGUCUUAUAUUAAUUUUAGUCACAAAAAACACACUAGGGCUUAUUUUCAGGGUAGGGCUUAUUUAUUUACGUUACCAGUAUGUACAGCUCUUUCUCUUUGCACUCAUCUUGUCUGGGGAUCAAAAUACCAUACUGUCUAAUUAAUCCACCCCCCCUUUAAUAAAUCCACCCCCUCUAAUUAAUCCACCCCCUUUAAUUAAUCCACCCCCUCUAAUUAAUCCAGCCCACCCUUUCAUUAAUCCAGCCCACCCUUUAAUUAAUCCACCCCCUUUAAUUAAUCCACCCCUCUUUAAUAAAUCUACCCCCUUUAAUAAAUCCACCCCCUUUAAUAAAUCCACCCCCCUUUAAUUAAUCCACCCCCCUUAAUUCAACCCCCUUUAAUUAAUCCACCCCCCUUUAAUCCACCCCCUCUAAUUAAUCCACCCCUUUAAUUAAUUCACCCCCUCUAAUUAAUCCAGCCCACCCUUUAAUUAAUUCACCACCCAUUUAAUUAAUUCACCAACCCUUUAAUUAAUUCACCCCCUCUAAUUAAUACAGCCCACCCUUUAAUUAAUUCACCCCCUUUAAUUAAUUCACCCCCCUCUAAUUAAUCCAGCCCACCCUUUAAUUAAUUCACCACCCCUUUAAUUAAUUCACCCCCCUCUAAUUAAUUCAGCCCACCCUUUAAUUAAUUCAACCCCUCUAAUUAAUCCAGCCCACCCUUUAAUUAAUUCACCCCCUCUAAUUAAUCCAGCCCACCCUUUAAUUAAUUCACCCCCUCUAAUUAAUCCAGUCCACCCUUUAAUUAAUUCACCCCCUCUAAUUAAUCCAGCCCACCCUUUAAUUAAUUCACCACCCCUUUAAUUAAUUCACCCCCCUCUAAUUAAUCCAGCCCACCCUUUAAUUAAUUCACCCCCCCUUUAAUGAAUUCACCCCCCGCCCCCUUUAAUUAAUUUAGUCCCAGAUAUAAAAUAUCUACCGGUACUCACAUUUCAAAGAUUCCUUGCCGAGUCCGACCACUGGGUGCCUCACCGCCCGGAAAUGGAUCCUUCUGCUGAAGAUCCGUGAAGGCAGACUGACGGCACUGCGAAAUGUCGUCAUCACGUUGCGCAAUGCCACGGCCCGCAACGCUCCUCCUACAGUAGAAGAAGGAAGUCUCGCCGCAAAGGUGCAAUGCCUAGGUCUUAUUUUCGGGGUAGGGCUUAUAUUGCAGCCCACCCCGAAAAUCCGACUAGGGCUUAUUUUCGGGGUAGGGUUUAUUUUCGGGGAAACAGGGUAGAGAAAAUGUGCCUUGUGUAAAUUCAGUUGCCCUGAAAUUUCAGUAAAAUUCCAUCACAGCACAUGAGAAGGUUACAUUUUCCAUUAAAAAAAAAUAAAAAUCUAUAUUAACAAAAAAAACUGACUUGUCACUUGAUGUUUCUGAUAAACUACCUUGUUUACUACUCAUGCUUGGCGUUCAAAAUAAGAUGUGUUAUAGCUGCUUCUUGUAUAAACAAACAACCAGACGGUGUAGACACAGAGGGGUGGUUAAUGAAUAGCCCAAUUGCACAGUAUGGACAAGUUAUUUAAAAAAAUGAAAAAAGGGUAUUUUGGCAAAUAUCCUACCACACUUAAUCUGUAAAUGAAAACUACCGUAGUUGGCCAUUCUAUAUGGACUUCUUUUUUAUAUGUGUAAUGUACACAGCUCAGCCAAUGAUGGCAAUGGGAACUGAUCUGCUGUAAGCUAAGCAGUCUGCAUUUGAAGAAGAGGUCACCAAGACAGACAUAUGGACAGUAUAUAACUGCAUGUCUGUCUUUUGCCAGAUUGACUGCAGUUUAGCUGUGGGUCGAAAGAAUCCGCUCAUUCACUAAUAAGAUAUGCAUAACCCUAAUGCUGUUAUCGUGGAAAAGACAGCGCAAAUAUAAACACUUGCCUAUAUCUGAUUUCAUGUAUGUAUGUAUGUAUGUAUGUAUGUAUGUAUUUUUACAUUGUGAAAUGGAAGCAAUGUUUACAAAUGUUCCAACAGUUUUAAAACUAACCUAUUCAUUUGUCAUAAUGCAACCAAGGCAGAAUGGCAGACUGAAUUCCCUCUACCUGCCAUUUUCACUUUUUAAUUAUUGUUAUAAUUCUGCAGAGCUGUACAACAGAAGGAAUACAGAAAAAUAACAAACAUAUAGUGAUACAAAACGAACAGAGGACCUGGUCUGUGAGCUUACAAUCUAACAAUUACAGUACUUUUUAAACAAAGUGUUUAGCAAGCCUUUAAUUCUUGCAUUAAAUAUCAUUUAUUGUCUAUUCUCCUCUUUGUAAACUGUUAUUGAGGAAGGCAUCAGUCAUUGCAUUGUGUACAUUUGGCUGCUCAUGCAGAUACAUUUACUGUUACUAUAUGAUUGGUUUUUCACAGCUCUGACUGAUACCCUAACUAGUUCCAGGUCAGAGGAGACUGUCAAUAUCAUGCAGAGAGUCUGAAUUGUAAAAGGGAAAUGUUCUGAGAGGGGCAUCUUUCCAACACCCCCUGUGAAAACUGAAUAAAUACUACUAAAAUGGAAGGGUGCCUAUUUUACAUUAUUUGUUAUUUAAGCCGACCAACUAGCAAAAAGUUCAGAUUCAUUGAAGUGAAUUCUAAACCAGCCAGCCUGUGACUGUGGCGGAAUUGGAAAACGUCUCCAAGUAGUCUGCUGUUACUUUGAAAUGCUAAAAUAGUUUACAGUUACAGAGUACUUUGAACAGUACUUGACCUUUUUUGAUAUCUGCAUUUAAAGAAAAUUAUUUCUCAAUAGCUGAGGUCAGAGGUUCUUCCUUUUUAUGAAAUUUCUUUGUUUGUUUUUGUUUUUUUCGCAUCUGCGACCUAACGUACAUAUGUAGAAUUAGCUUGGUGACCCCAUCUCCAACUAUAUAUCCUAGUACAGGUCACUAACCUAAUUUUAUAACCAUAUAAAUUCUGUGAAACUCUUUCUUUCAUUGGUCUCUUCCUGCUGCCAAUUAAAUAUGUGCAGUUUUCUGGACCUUUUCUAUGACUAAUAUGAUGCACUUGUUCCAUACAUUGAGGACCUGGUAAAAUAGCAAUCCCAUCCUUGAGGUUAAAGGGUUAAACUUUUUUUUUUGGGGGGGGACACUGCUUUUGAAUAGAAUAACACUUUUUGGGGUGGUCCCCAUCCUCCCAAUUAUAAAAAAAAAUAAAAAAAUUCUCCCUUCAAUCCAGACAUCCUAAUAUCAUGUCACUCACUCUUGCUUGAAGGGGAGGUAACGGAGGACAAACUGAAGGAUUGACAGAGGCAGCACGGAGGGGUUGGGAGCGGUUCCGCCAUUGGCUGGCUGUCUGCAUCCUGUAUGUGCUGGUACCAGAAGAUAAUAUUGCUCUUAGCAUUGACAUUAGCCAGCCGGGAACAUUGUUGGUGGAGCUACAUCUCUGGCAGUUAAAGGGUUAAUCUGUUCACUCUGCAUGUGCAGAGUUUCAAAAGCCACUGCACAUAAAGACACCGAGCACCAUCAUCACUUCAACUCACUGAAGUGGUCAUGGUGCUUGUAGAUAACCCUUUAAGAACCACUGGCAUAGUUGCUUUGAAGUUUUGCAGAAUGACCGCUUCAUAAUGUUUUAUGGAAGUAGUGUGUGGUUGCUUUUUAUUCAUUUUUUAAUAACCCCUUGACACCCUUUGUAACCUGAAUUCUGUUGUAAACCUUUGACCACACCAAACUAAAAUCGGAAUGGUUGACGGUUCUUAAAGGAUCACUAUAGGGUCAGGAACACAAAAAUGUAUUCCUGACCCUAUAUUGUUAACACCACCAUCUAGCCCCCCUGGGCCCCUCAUGCCUCUAUAAAUAUAGUAAAAAUCUUACUGUAUUCAAGCCUGAAGCUGUAAAUCUGCAUGCUGUUAGACUCAGAAAAACAAGCAGUAUGCUGACAUGUGGUAGUCUGAUCCAAUCACAGUGCUUCCCCAUAGGAUUGGCUGAGACUGACAAAGAGGCAGAUCAGGGGCAGAGCCAGCAUGAUUCAAACACAGCCCGGGCCAAUCAGCAUCUCCUCAUAGAGUUGAAUUGAAUCAAUGAAUCUCUAUGAGGGAAACUCAGUGUCUGCAUGCAGAGAGUAGAUACUGAAUCACAGGAUGUUGUGCACAGUGCUGCCCUGUGCUCUGCUGACAGCAGAUCUGAGUGGAUGGAGGCAUAUUAUGCCUCCAUCAACUCCGAAGUCCCUCUGGUUCACUCUGAGUGACUGCAACUGGGGGUGUUUCUAGCUUUCAAUGUAAAUGCUGUAUUUUCUCAGAAAAUAGUGUUUACAUGAGAGAGGCUACAGGGAGAUAUAGUUCUCACCUGAACAACCUCAUUAAGCUGAAGUUGUUCAGGUGACUAUAGUGUCCCUUUAAAAUCCCUCAGCCCCACUAACUGCUAUUGACGAGUUUAUGGGUGCAACCUAAUUUUUAUUUAACUUGUUUUGCCCCAGUGGAAUUUGGGUGUUUAAUCCCAAAAUGUUGACCACUAAAUGCCACGAGUUAUGUUUGAGCCUGAACUUUGCAACUGAAAGGUGACUGUCCAUUCACAAACGUUUGUCUCUAAAUUUAUUAAUCUUUACAACCACUGUUUUGUAUUUAUUUUUGUUCUUAUAAAGUCUAAUCCAGGAGACGACUUGGUUCUGGCUCCUACACUAUAAGUUUUAUUCACUAAAGUGAGACUUUAAAUGUAAGGGCAGAGCAGCCAAACCGAAAACCAUAGCUGAAUUAGAGCAUUUUUCCACUUCUGUUAUAUUGACCUUAAAUUUGUAAUUCACACUUUAGUAAAUAACCCUUUCACUGUGAUUGGUGUAAUUCUCCAUCUUUGAGCUUCUUGGUACCCGUUGCCGUUGAUUCUAUAUACUUGGAUAGCUCUCCAUGAACAGUCUGGUGUAUUCAAUAGUUUAGUGUUUUAGAGGUUUCUCCCGAGUGACACGUAUUCUGGAAAUCCCAGGAGUGCCAAAGGCCUCUUGUCCUUUUUAGCUGGAGCCGUGCCUCCUUUUCGUUUGCUGGAAAAUCUUCUCCAGAUGGUGGGCCGGAUGCGCUGCCAGAUGAAUUUACACAAUCCAACAGACAGAGGUUUUUUUGGCAGGUCUCGAGCAGCUUUAAAUCUAUCCGAGAACUCUAGGGAAUUGAUAUAAAACAUCUUACAAGGCAAGACCCAGCAUACAGCUCACAAGGUUUUUACAGCAUUGAGAAGCCUAGUAUCCUUGUAUCCUGGAUAACACAUGCUACUGUACUGCUUAACGUAGGGAAAUCCCAUGUUGGAUGGGUCUCUGAUUUACCUGAAACAUUAAUCAAUAAAAGAGCGUUUUAGAUUUCAUUUUAUUUUAAGUUGUGCUUACAGUUUUGAACUCUGUAAACUAUUUAAACUCUUAAAUAAGCUUUGCAUCCAUAAACCGAUAUUUUUCAUUGUGAUGUAUUUUUUUGGACAUAUAUAUUGUGUGUGUGUAUAUAAUAUUUUUUAUUUUUUUUUUUUUUAUAAAAUGUAUCUAGUUAUUGGCUUAUAUGUAUUAGUUUAGUGCACAAUGAGUGUACAUUACAUGUAAUCUUUUAUUUUCAGUAAUUUAAAAAAAAAAAUUUUUUAUUUAAAUUUUCCUUUUAAACUAUAAUGUAGUUGUGGCCUCUCUCUCCUCUCCCAAAUGUGACAAAUUAACUAUCAUCUGCACAACUGACCUUAUCCUAUUAUACUCCGCUUUAAGAUGGUAUAGGAAAGUCUUGGUGCCAGUCAACCGUAUGCGUCACCUGCGACUGUCAGUCUCAUAAGCUAUGAGAAAUCAAGCCAAACACUGGAGGCCAACACUAGCCUUCUUUCACCUGUGUGAGCUCUCCCCGUUUUAUUUAUUUCAGUGGAGAUUAAGCUAUGUAUCUGUGUUAUGUCAUUUGCGAUGCAUGCUUGCCAAAGAUGAUUCUUGCAUGAAGCGCAGCAAGGGUUUGUGGGAGUGCUUCCAUGGCAAAACAAGGCUGUGAGCAGAUUUUAGUAACAUUCCGCCACGCCAUUUCAUAUCCAUGUGCUGAACCAUUGUAGGGUUUUGCACUUACUGCAUUUAAACACGAAUAUCAGUGCUUGUUCCAUGAUUACUGUUGCAAAUUAUUAAUAUAUUUUAAGAAUUUUUUUUUUUUUUCUGUAAAUAACUUUUGUAUUCCAAAAUCCAAGUAAUGAAAAAACACACGAUAAAAAGUGGUGCAGUAAUCCAUAGUGUAGAUGGGGAAACAAUGACUUGGGAAUAGUUAUAAAUAUGUAAAUCAAAAAACACACAAUGCUUUUUCACUUUGAAACAAGUUACACCUCCUCUUAAAAAAAAAAAAAAGGGGAGGGGGGGGGAUUAAAAUGUAAAGAAAAUAAAAUGAAUUUUGUUACCUUCUGACAUUUUGCAAUUUUAUGUUGAAAAUUCAUAUACAUUAUCUAAGCAUAGAAAUACACUUUAAGAAAAUUCUGAUUUCACUGUGUGACGUUAAAUUGUUUAAAUAAAAUAUCACUUGGCAGACUCCCUCACAAACUCACUUAGCAUCUAAAUUAGGAAUUAUAAUAAAUAUUACAUAAAUCUAACAAUCAACCUUUUUAUUGACACCUGAAAACUUACUUGAAAGAGGGCGACUUCUUUUAAAUGAGGCCAUCUUUUCUUUAACGGGAGCUAAGCUAACUUAACCCCCAUGAUUUUGUAACCUAUAUACACGAUGGUGCAGUCAUCAUCUGCAGCUAAAGGUAGGUUUUCUCCUGGCUGGAGUGGCCCAAUAAAUGAUUGGUGGUAAGUCCAACUUAAAGUGACCCUUUAAUAAUGAGUUGUCUCAGCUGAUGUUGUAAAAUGAAUUUUAAGACCUUUCAGUCAGCACAAUCUGUGUGAAGGUGUUGGCUUUCGUGGAAGAGCUGAUUUUGCAGAAUUCCAAAGUUCUCAGCACACAGCUUCUCAGAGAGACCUUUGGACUGUCAUUGCAAGACAUAAUGUUAUUGGGGUGACACUAUUCCAGCAUAACCACAUACUUCUAUUUUUCUCAUUUCAUAAUUGCUGAACUUGACCAUCAAUAGCUUCUUGUAUAUCAAAUGUGUUUCCUCUUGUUCAUCUUUUCCUUGAGUUCCCCUUCUUCAACUUCCUCUUACCAAUGUUUUUCAUAUUUAUUUAUUUAUUGCUGAGUUAGGUUCGGAUAUCAUGACAAAUGGCUGACACUAUAAGCAACCAUACCCCACCCUCUGUUGCUAGCCAUUGAAGAUAUGCUUUUUUUUUCAUUAUUGAGGGGAUGGGUUAUGAAUUUGUUUAAUUUGAAAAAAAGCACUGGAUGAAGACACCAUAUAUUGGCUGCUGCAGUUGGUGUCUUGAUAUGACAAAGGAGGUUUGAGUCCAUAAAGAGUGCAGGACAUCUCAUUUCUGCCUCUGCAUUGUUACCAGUUUGUUUACUAAUAGGCUCAUUUGGUGAGUGCUCAGUGUUUGUACUAUGUCUUAUACAUUGUUUUGGUAUGUCUUUAUGAUUACAGUUAAUUUGUCCAUUAACUUCUAGCGAAGUUUAACCAGUCUUAGAAAACCCUUUAUGGUUUGUUAGUGCGCCCAUUUUGUUUAUUUAGCGAUGGCCUUUUGUGGAUUGGUUUCUCUGUGGCAGGCCUGAUCCUUGUAAGAUGUUUCGGGGGGGAGGUGAAUGGGUAUUUUUUCUGUUCGUAUUAAGUAUUCUUGUGCUAUCAAAUGUGGAUCUUGUACUAAAUCUAAGCUCUGCAGUGUUUCCGGUUCAGUUAAAGGAUUAGAGACACACAAAGUAAAUCAUAUUGUUUACUUUUGUAAGUAAAUCAUAUUACUAAUAUAAGUAAUUUUAUUGCUCUCGAUUGUUCGUGAGGAACAUGUGUUGUACAAAGUGGGCGCUGGAGGAUUGCGGCCGCUUUCUAGUCAGCCUGAAUGUCUAAGACCCUGAACUUGUUUUUGUUUGUAGCUUUCCGGGAAGUUAAAUGACCUCUCUCACACUGCUCUUUGCUUUCUGGCUAGGUUUUGGGUAUGGAGUAAGUCGUAGUUUGACUGAAUGCCCACUUUGAUCGUUGUAUAGAAAAUCUUACAAACAGCAAAAGGACAACGCCCUGUCUGUGUGCGUGCGUGUGUGCGUGCGUGCGUGUGCAUGUUUUAUUUGUAUAUUUUAAGAACAAUAAAUUAAUUGGGAUAAGUAACAAAGCUGAGAGCAAGGCCGCAAUAAGUAAAUCAAUAAUGAUCACCGUUCUGGCAAAUACAAUAAGCUUUGACAAAUACACCAAAAUAAGAGUUUAUAGUGGCUUCCAUGGAAUAGAAAUAAAAAUAUAAAAAAAAUAAAUUAUAAUACAUCAAAAGUGAACUGUGUGAGAAAAGUGCAAAAAAUGAAAGUGCUGACUAAAUACCCUACAACACUCUGGUCACUGUAAUCAGCUUGUUCCAGCUUUAGGUAAGUGUUCUAGACAAAUACAAGUGGGAAAAGUAUCAAUGGAAUUCUAAAAUUGUAACGUUUGCUAGCUUUUGUAAAAGAAUAAUUUAUAAAGAAUGUAACAAUUAAGUUCAACAUAUGUAUGCCUUUUUAAGUAAAAAUGGGAACCGCUCUAAAAAAAAAAAGCUAGUCCAUUGCUAAGGUAAACUGGCUAACACCAAAUAAAGUAUUUUCAAAGGGAUAAAUGAUCCCUCAAAACCAUUAAGAACGUGAAAAAAGAAAUAGUAAAAGCUAUAAACUUAAAUUUCUGUAACUGAUCAAUACAUUGAUGACUAAAUAAACUAAUAAAACCUCAAAAUCUCUGAUUGUAUAAAAAUACGGUCAACUGGUACAUUACAGACCGGUUAUACCUAGUGUGGGUAGGCAACCUUUUAGCAGCAUUGUGACUAAAUAAGAUUGUGAUCUCCUAUUAUUUUUUUCAAUUGCGGUUUGAAUGAUGUUGCUGUAUUCUGCUUGUGUUAUUUAUACUGCAGUUGCUUUGUAUUGUUUGUGCUUAUAUGAGCUAUUAUAUUGUAUAUGUUCAUGAAUAGUUUGUGGUGUUAUGUAUGGGGCCUUCUUGUGGAAUUGUGUGUUUGAAUGAAAUGUCACAUUGUGUAUGUGUGGGGCUGUUUGGGGUAUUGCAUGUGAGAGACUGCUUGUGGGGUUGUGAGCAUGUAUGUGGAUUGUUAGUGGUGUUACGUUUGUGCAGACUAUGUGUGUGUGUGUGGGCUGUUUGUAUUAUUUGUAUGAGGGGAGGGUUUUUCUGCAGCUCUGUGUAUAUCUAGCAGUGUGGGUGGCUUCCCUGGGUUCCAGUGGGAACCGGGCUGGCAAGGUACAGGAGCUGCAACAGGACAUGCGGGCUGCUCUGCUCCAGUGUUGAUUCCCAUUCACAAGUGUUGGGAGGAAAUUAACUGAGAUCACUUCCACUAUGUGCUGCAAUGUAUAAAUUUAGGGGGGGGAGGGGGGUUUCUUCACCACCUUUUCGUAUUGGCAGAUAUCUGAAGUUUCACUGAGACUCCUGAUAGGCCAGACCCUGAUUGGCUCUGGCAGCUUUGAGUGCCAUGCAAUGGCACACGUGCCAUAGGUUUCCUACCUCUGACCUAGUGUGAUUCUAGAUCUAUUAUAAUAUCUGCUAAGCCAGAAUCCCCUAAGUAAAGAAAAUCCCUCCGUAUAUUUACAAGCAUCUCUUUGCAAGGAAUGAGCUAUUAAAGUCCUGAAAAACGAUCUGUUUCUAAGGUACUACUGAAUUAUAAAAGAGAUAAAUUACAUGUAAAACUAGACCAGGCUAGUUAUUAUGGAGGAUCAAUAUGGUGGAUGUCAUCUCUCAACUUAAUGUACUGGGGCUUAAUGUUCUGGAGGGCCGGGGAAGUGGCUACCUAGAGCAUGACAUGAGUAGCUUGACUUGCUAGUGUUGGGAGAAGUGGUAAGAUUGGCUAGCUAGUAUGGAGGGGAGGUGUAGUGUUCCCCACUAUUGUAGGGAGAGGUGGCAGGAGUUACUAGCUAGAGUAGAUGAGUGUGCUGUUACUAGCUAGUGUAGAAGAGGUUUUAAGAGUGGCUAGCUAGCACAGACAAUAGAGCAUGACAUGACUAUCGAUCAUAGGGAGAGGUGGUAAGAGUAGAUAAGCAUAGAUAACAGGUGCAUAAGGGAUGGAGUUAGCAUGGCUAGCCGGAGUAGGGCAGGAAUAGGAGUGGCGAGCUAUUGCAUAAAAAGGCAAAACGUGAUGGUAAAUCCAGGGGAUAUUGUGAAUGUGAGAGAUGGACAGGCAGUACGCAUGGAAUAAACCGUACACACUGUAAGUGAUCAUAAAGGGAUUUAUUUCGCUUUCUUGGGCACCCCUUCUGACCUGCAGUUAUUUUCUGGAGCUCUUUUAUACUUACAGGAAAGAGAAGAUGGUGUAAUAAAUACGCCAUGUAAUGUGGAGAUUUGCCUCAGUUUAAAGGACCACUAUAGUGCCCUGAGGGUGCCCCCACCCUCAGGGUCACCCUCCCGCCGAGCUGGAUGGAGAGAAAGGGGUUAAACGUACCUCUUUCUCCACCGCUGGGCGGGGAGCUCUCCUCCUCCGAUCCUCCCAUGCGCUGCGCGCGCAUUCAGCCAGUCUCAUAGGAAAGCAUUAAUAAUGCUUUCCUAUGGACGCUUGCGUGUUCUCACUGUGAUUUUCACAGUGAGAAGCACGCAAACGCCUCUAGCGGCUGUCCAUGAGACAGCCACUAGAGGCUUUGGAGGCUGGAUUAACCCAUUUAUAAACCUAGAAGUUUCUCUGAAACUAUGUUUAUUUAAAAAAAAAAAAAGGGUUAAUCCUAGAGGGACCUGGCACCCAGACCACUUCAUUAAGGUGAAGUGGUCUGGGUGCCUAGAGUGGUCCUUUAACAGACAGCUGAAUGGAAGUGCAAAUUCAGAUGAAAUACCCAAAUCUGCAUUUUGUGAAUAACUUAAUGGGUCAGAACAGCUGAACUGUGAUCAGAUGCUGUUCGGUUGCCUUUUUUGUAUUUGGUGAAUACACACAUUAUUUCCUGGUCUCUUUAUAUAAAAAAUGUUGUCUGUACUGUGCGUACUGGGUGCACAGGUUUUUUUUUUAUUUUUAUUAUAAAACAUGACUCAGACUGACAGUUUAUUAAUUUUCAAUAAAGAUUGCUUUGCUGAGAAACUUAAAGAAACACUCUAGCGUUAGGAAUGCAAAUGUGUAUUUAUAUUAUAGUCUAUAGUGACACCCCCUCCCCGCAAGGGUUAAAAGGUGGCUGGUAGCUGACACGCCUCCUUAGCUGAGAUAGUCAGUCGGAAUGAUCACAUCCAAUCCAAAGCUUGGCAAAGCACCACACUGCACCAAUUAGAUGGUCUCUAUGGGACCUUCUGAUUAUAAAAGCAGAGUUUCACUUGGUUAUUUUUGAGGAAUUGCCUCUAGUGAUUGUCAGUAUGACCAUCACUAGAGGCAGGUUAACCAUGCAAUGUAAUCAUUACUGUUGCUGCAAAAUGGCAAUAUUUUACAUUGCAGGUUAAAAUUAGAGCCUAUAGUGUCCCUUUAAAAAUGAAUGUUACUAAAAUUCAUGUUGCAAAAUGCAUGAGAAUAAAAAAUAUUUAUAGUCAAUUCUGGUAGUGAGCUGGUUAAGUUUAUAUAUACAUGGUUGGCUUACAUGUAGGGUUUGAAAGCUGCUUGCUCUUCUGAAGUAAUAGAAACAAGACGCCACACUCAAAAGGCUAAUAUAUAGCUUUUUUUAACGUAGAGAAUACAUCAGACGUCAGACUGUUUUUAAAGACCACAAAAUUGUUAAACCUGAGUAAGGGGGGGAAAAAACAGUGAGAAUUCAAAUAAAAUAUAUUAUAAUUCCCACAUAUAUUAUGUGCUUUAUAUGAACAUACAUAUACACAUAAAAGUGUGUUUUAAAAAAAAAUUCUAAAACCUCAUUCAGUUAUGUAAAAUACAACAUCUGCCAAACUAAAAGGCCUGGGAUCAGAGACAGAUUAGAAAGGGGAAAAGGGGAAGGCUUGGUCAAAAAAAAAAAAAACUUUAAAGAGGUCACAUCUGGAGAAUAUAGGAAUUACAUGGUCACAGUUGAGCAUGGAAUCUUAGAAAUCUCACAGCAGUUAAGUCCAAGCUUUUAAAGCAGCACUGACAAUGCUGAACUUUUUGUGAAAAGAGAGGUUUUUAAUUUAAUUUCUUUUUAAACUAAAAAAAAGUUGUAAUUUUAUUGAAUUUACUAAGCAACGUUACACAUACAGGAGUAUAUUAAAAUAUUAAUUGGUACACAAAAUAUCGAAGUAUCCUGUAUCUUGUAAGUACAAUUAAAUAAUACAUUUGUAAAAUGAAGGUCAUGAAAGUAUUAACGCAAAGUAUGCAGAGCUAAGAGGCGACUGUACGGAUACUAUGAAGCUUCCUUUAUGCUGUCAUUUUGAGCCAAUUUGCAGACUUUAAAUGUGUUUUUGUAAUAAGAGUUUAUUAAGCCGUAAAAAAAAAAUACAGAAAUGAAAAUUUGUUUAGCAAUUCACAUAAAAAAUGUGCAUAAUUAUGUGAACAGACACACUGUCUGUUAAGGGGAUUAAAGGAAUUGUGCACACUCUGAGGGGUCAGAAAUAGAGUUAAAUCAAUGAAACAUUACGAACUAUAGUAUGUCAAAUGUUUUCCAAUGGGCAAUCAGACUACAUUAUCGUUCGUGAGUGAGAUAGAUCCGCCCCCUCUGAUGCAUAAGAAAGGUCUCCUCUGUCACUCCCUCCCGGAACAAUCCUAAAAGGAGCAGAGGUAGCUGUAUUGGAAUUUGCAGACUUCUCGACAAGCUGGUAAUUAUUUCUGAUUGCCCUGAAACUGAGGCUUUAUAUAUCAUUUGCAAACAGGACAUACUUUCAAAUGAGAGAAAUCUCAAUGUAUCUUUCUUGGUAAAAUAUUUUAUAAAUAAAUAUUGCUUUAGAGUUGUGCAGGUUGUAUUUUUGUUAUUAACUGGAUUAUGUAAUUUGCUUAAUCUCUAAUAUACAUUUUAAAUAAAAAAUAUGACACUCAUGGGGGGGGGGAAAGGUUAAUACGAGUUCUAAGUGAUUUUCAAUGGGUUAUUCGAUGGUGUGAAUUCCAGAGUAGUGACAGUUUCCCUUUAACUGAAAAGAAAUAGAUUAGCAUUCUUUUAAUAAUCAUUCCCACAUGCUUUGCCACUGGGCAAAUACUCAUUAGCCACCAGCCGGAACCAGCCAUGAUUAGAAGACCUGACCUUGUCACAACAAAGUUGUGAGAUUCCGAUUCCUUUCAUCUGCCAAAGCUGGCAAUCCUAGAAUAGUGGUAACUCCCAAGCUGUUUCUUUACACUCGUCUCAUUUGCUCUGGACUCUGGUACAGCUUUCAGAUUCCUGAGAGAAUGGAAGAAAUUAUAUACUAACCUUUUAUUUAUUUUUAUACAUUGUGUUUAAGUGAAGUUAAAUUAUCCACAUUUUUUUCCCUAAUAUUUCGGAUGCCUACUUUUCUAACUUAAAUGGGAAUUUUAAUUUUAUAAAUAUUUAGAAAAUGUCCCACAUUGCAAUUGUGGAGCAGAAACAUGGUUUAUUUUCUCAUCUCCUCUGUAGAUGGCUACAUAUAAUGAAAAAAAUCUGGAAGUCACAAUUCCCCUUUAAACUUCUAUAACUAAACAUGAAUAUGCUUUAAAUUCAACCCACCAUGCGAUACCUUGCCCAGUAUUGGUAUGCAGACGUUACACUAUAUACACAUUGUAAGCCGAUGACAAUGUGAGACCUAUCUUAUUUGAGUUGAAUUUUCAUUUUACCAACUGUCCACAGAACGCUGCGUUUUAGAUGCUGGGCGUGAAAAGUACACCCAAAUAACCCACACCACCACACAAUGAGGGCUCACAAAGGCAGUGAUGGUUAAUCUCAUUACUGCAGGUAUUUGUGAACUGCAUUUAUUUAUUAUUUAUUUAUAAAAUAUUUUACCAGGAAAGAUACAUUGAGAUUUCUCUCGUUUUCAAGUAUUUCCCUUGAUGCUCAGCAUUCUUUUUUUUUUUUUAUGCUUAAUUUUGUAGUUGUUUUUUGGGGGGGGGAGAAACAACAUUUAUACUGGCCAAGAAAGGCUGGUGGCCUGGGGCUACCUAUCCUAUAUCUCUAUCAACCCAGUUGACCCCAAUAGUCAUGUGGCAUACCUCUCCAGAUGAGAGGAGGUGGGUUGAUUUGGAGUUGGUACUCACUGGUCCGCUUCCCCCCCCAAUUUUACAUGUUGUUACCAAUGAGACACAGACCAAUAAUUGCCCAACUAUCCUAAAUUACCUUCGGCCAAAUUAUCCCUGACCUCCUUUUCCAUCUCAUAUGACCCUAUACCUAAGGCCUUUCCUCCUGGCAUGAACCCUAGAGAUUUUAGGGGCCUGAAAUUUACCGGACUGCAAAGGAUUGGUCACCUAUAUCCGAUCAUUCAUACCUUUUUAAUGAGUUACAACAAAGGGCCGGGCUGACCCCAAGAGAUUACUUUAGAUAUAAACUUUGCAUGCUCGAAGUGACUUAAAACAAACUGUUCAGACUCACCUAACUACAUUCGAAAGUCUAUGAACACACAAAGUCCCCCCCAAAAAGGGUUGAUCCUCCGGCUUUAUAAGCACUUCUUCAAUCACCCAAACAAAUGGACAACCUUAGAAACACUGAGCUGUGAAAACAAGACCUGGGUGUGGAGUUGGAGGAGAUUUGGCAGGCAAAAACCAAAUCCUCCAACUGUGUUACGUCAAUCAUUGAAACUCCUAUUCCGCUUGUACACCACACCUGUUAAACAAUUUUGUAUGGGGAAGGCUGAAUCUACCAGUUGUUGGAGGCGUUGUGUACAUUGGGGAACUUAUCAUUACAGGUGGUGGGCAUAUCCUGGCAUGCUAUCAUCAAAAACGAGACCCCUCCGUUCGAGAUAGUGAAACCUAAAAUCUGGGAAAACGUCUUUAGUGGACAAUUUGACAGCACAUUUUCAAACCUCUCUCUCCCAGCAGUUUAGAAAACAGUGGUGCUGUGGGAAGAAUUUGAGGCUGUGGGAAGCUCUGGAGCCAUAGGAUACCGGUCCUAUUCCCUCCACUUUGGCAGUGGUGGCGACUCUUCUCUGACCUCCUCUUCAGCUUCUAUUCUCUUGUCUAUUCCUUAUCCUACCUUUUCUCGAUACCUUUCUUCUCUUUACACAGGAUACCGCAUACACAUAGUCCAAAGGAAGGUCUGGAGCACAUCACCAAAUGUACAGAAAAAAAUUAAAGCCAACCCUGAAGGGUCAAGACCUCUCUGUAGUAGCUGCCUAGAUUAACUGUGGCAUGUAGUAAAAAUGUGUACAUGGUGUACAUUGACUGCAGAGCGUCUCGCAAUCCCUUCUGGUGAUACCAUUACGGAGCUCAGGGCUCCAUGUUCUUAGACAGCAGUAACUAAUUCUAUCUCUCUGACCCCAUGUACUUUGUUUGUUUUGUAUGUUAAUGUUUUGGGCUGAUGGCCCUGUUCUGUGAUAUGUAAAAUUAUGCCACUGAUGUUACAUCUGCGAUUCUGUAUUUUAUGUGCAGUAAUAAAGAAUUAAAAGUAAAAAAAAAUAGUGUUUUCCAAAUAUGUUUAUCUAAAGUGUAGUAUUCAACAGGUACAUGGGGUUAAGUGGACAGAUCUUAAGAAGUCAUAGGGCAAGGCCAGACCAUCUUUAGAUUUCACUAGCUGCCACAACAGUCGGUGACAAGGAGGCAACAAAUUAAAAUUUUAAAGGGACACUAUAGGCACCCAGACCACGUCAUCUCGUGGACGUGGUCUGGAUGCAGUGUCCCUGUCCCACUUGUGCUGCAAUAUAAAUCCUUUCAGUUGUUGAGAAACUGCAAUUAAAUUAGAAGUGCUUUCAGAGUUUACCGGACUCUAGGUCGAUAACUCACACUGGACAUCCUCACGCUCUGCAUGAGGACAUUACAUCAAACGUCGGUGAAAACCCCACAGGAAAGCGUUAUGUCAAUGCUUUCCUUUGGGGAGGGCCUAAUGUACUUACCGCGCAUGCGCAUUAUGUACCCUGUUGGAUGACAGAGGAGGCAGAGCGCCGACCCACCGCCCACAGAAAUCGGCAUUGGAAUCAGGUGAGUGAGUAAAAGUGUUUUUGUUGUUGUUGGUUUUUAACCUUUUAUGUGAGGGAGGGGGAAGGACCAGGGGCCAGGGGCCACGAGCCACUGUAGUGUUAGGAAUACAAAUCUGCAUUUCUAACACUAUUGAAUCCCUUUAAGGAGAAACUUUUUUUAUUUUUAUUUAUUUAUUUUUUUGUUAUUAAUGAAAUGUUCAAUAUUCACGUUGCAACAUUUCACCCACAGAAAAACGUAAUGCCAGAGUGUAUCCCACAACUUGGAAGCACAAACUGUUCGCUUCAAUGCUGAGCAAGCACAUGGCAGCUUUCCCAGGAUGAACAAGGCUAUUUUUUGUCUAUUCAUGUACACUCAGAUCUUCACACCUUCUCUUUUGUGUCAGAAGUAGAUUUUAAUUUACCUUUUUAAGGAAGAAGCACUGGAGAGAAGUCCUGUUCUAGCCAACUUAACAUAUAUAAUUUAACACCAAUGUCAAGCUGCUAGAGAGUAUCUGAUCUCCUAGGUGAUUCUGCCAUGUACGUUGCCAGGUUAGAUGUGAAUAUUUGGGUUGUCUCAUACCAUGAUAGAAAUUCAUUGGGCUGAAAGAACAGGUCAUCUUACUGCACAUAUUCUCGAGCAAAUGCUGAGUGCUUAACCCUUACGCUACCCUGCACUAACCAUGAACCCCUGUAUUAAAACACUAACCUUAAAGGGACACCGUAGGCACUGUAUCUGCUUCAUCUCAUUAAACUGGUUAUAGUGUAUGGAGUCCCCAGGUGCCAUCAUUUCUUUCAGCAUUAAACAGUUUUUAAUGUUUUAAUGCUAAGCAAGAGACCACGGCAGUCCAUUCCCUCUGUGCUGCUUUGGCUAAUAAGGAAGUAUUACUCUGAGCAGCAAUGGGCAGCUGUGAUUGGCUGAGAGUGUCAGCUGACUGCUUUUAACCUGUCAGAGCUCCAACUGACGGUAUGAAUGGGUAUGACAACAAGGAAGUGUGUAAUCUCUGCCUUAGCUACACAUACAGAAGGGGCUGGACUGUGGGUGGCCAGAGACUCUUAUUUUGUGGCAUACUGCACAAACAUGGUGCAUCACUGAAUGGAGGGACAGUGCCAGGUCACUCCAGGCACUAUAACCAAUUCAAAGAGACAAAGUAGUUAUAGUGACUACAGUAUCCCUGUAAAAACAAAAAAAUAAUAAAUAUAUAUCAUGUAAUCUAAAAGCUACAGUGAUUUGUAUGUCUGGGGGAAAAUAAUGCCAUAUAUUUUUUUUGUUUCCUAUCUCUGUUCUGUGAGAUUUUGUCUUUCUAAGCGCUUCCUAAUUGCACACAACAAUUUAACAUGCUAUCCCUGCCAUUUUUGCCCUUUUCGAUCUGAUUAUACAGCUUGGAAUUCUAUGUUAGUCUGUUUCUGAGUUUUCUAUUUUUCAGAGUCUGACGAAAGUUUUUAUUCCAAAGCGUUCCCUAUAAAAUUAUUAAAAAUGUAGGUGCCAGCAUCACCAUAAAACUAAAUCCUGAUGCACAGUUGUUCCUGCUUUCUUUAUGUCCCCGUUACAAAUUCAUUUGGCUCUCCUACAGGAGCAUUCUGGAAUUUGUAGGCAUUCCUUGGUGCUUGUGUAAUUGAGACUUCUGUGUGCCUAUAAUUCUUUUUAUUGGUCCUCUAUCCCAUAUCCUAUCCAUUGCUUAUAAAUGUUGAAACUUACUAAAAGUAAACAGACUUAUUUUAAAAAAUAUGAGCCAGGAAAAUGUGCAUCAUUGAACUUGCAGAGUAAAAUGUUUACAUUCUGAUGCCACCAGUGUUAUUUGUACGAGCUUAGGAGCCAUAGCUUGCUCGUUUCUAAGGUUUGCCAUACCCUUAUUUCCAGUUUGAAAUGCAGAUCUACGGUGGAGAUGCCAAAUGGGUAGAUCUCCAGAUGUUGUAGGACUAAAACUCCCGUGGUGCCUUGGCAGCCUUUUAAAUGACAGAGCACCAUAUAUAAAUUGUAGUUCUAAAACAUCUGUGGAUUUACCUUUCAAACACCAAUGUUUUAUGUCAUCGUUACAGUGAACCUGUUUUCACUUCUUAUCCUGAUAAAAAGGUCCUGUUAUUGAAAAGUGUAUCCAUGGGGGAGGGUUUGGGCUCCAUUCAGUAUUAUAACAGAAAUUAUCCUUAUCCUAAACACUUUUCAACAUACAAGCAAGCUGUACUUGAGAGGAAACAGGAGAUAGAUGUUUUGAAUUGUCCAUCUCUUUUGGGUUUAUCUUUUAUUUUUAUUUUUUUUCAAUUUAUUCAUUUGUUUCGCUUGUAGAUUGUGUGUAAGCAGUAUGUGUUUAGGACCAAGCUAAAAGAUUUAAAUGUUUUUAAUCAAGAAACUUCAAAUAAAAUGCAGUGAUGUGGUGUCAUGAUAUAAUUUAUUUCGGUUUAUUGGUACCAGCUGACUAGUGUCCUUCAGAACGUAUGCAUUGACUCUACGAGUUCCUAGACCUUUUUCUAUCUUCUGGAUUGAUACAUAUGUCCUGCUAAGUUCUAAGAAACGAGGCGCUCAGCCUGGAAAGAUCAGCCCCCUCAUGCUUUUGGAGGAAACAUGUGCUGGAAGUAGAAUAACAGAUGGAGUCAAUCGGGCUGUUUUCGAGCAGCUGUUUAAAACUAGUCCAGAUACAAGUGAAGGUCCCUCAUAAGUCACCCUUUGUUUGCUUAAUUCUCUUUUAAGUAAACUGGAAUUCUUUAGAUUGUUUAUUGGUAGAGUAAGUACCUUGAUGUAAGGGUAUUUGAGUAAAUUGGGUUCUGCUUGAACCAAAGUGUAAAUACUAAUUUGCACUUCCGGAACUACUUUAGUUAUGCGUUCUGCCAGCAUUUGAAGUACACUUAUAAUAAAGUGUGUUUGUUUCAAAUCCCAAGUAUAGUCUCCACAUAAUCCACGUGGCUGGAUCAACCAGGACGAUCCAGGUCCUGGUUUUUGUCAAACCUCUUGAAAUUGUUUUUAUAGAAAUAAGGAUUAGAUUUAGAGCCAUAGCACAAUAACAACUAUAAAAAACUGAGCGCAGAGCGUCACCUGACCACUUUCAGCCUCUCACAGCCGUACAUUGCUGGUAUGCAUUGAUAUGGCUAAGGAAGAGGGUAAUCUUUGCCUUAGUCAUACCGCAAAUGGGGUCCAAGUUUAGGACCGGUAGGGAUGGAGAAUUUUCCAACUCUGCUAUAGUAAAAACCUGGUUAUUUUUUCUCUCGGUUUUACCAAUUUGAUCUAAUUUGGCGUUUAGGGUCUCACCCUUUGUCCACCAAUGUGCAUGCGCGCACUGUAUGUAAUAUUCAUUGCCCUCUAAUAUUUACAAUUAUAACCUCUACCCUACUUGGCGUGACCUUUACCAGCAUCUGCAUUUCCAUUGAUUUCUUAUGUGAACCUGUGUUUUCUCUGUCAUGUCUAAAAUAUAUUUUUAGUCUUCCACUGUUCCUUCUCAUGACCUUAUUCUACUACCUGUUAUGUUCCAGAUCAACUCCUUCCUCCCCACAGUCAUGUCCUCCUUCAGCUGUAGCCCAUUCCACUUUUUGACCUUUGUCACUCUUUUUUAACUCCCAGUCAUGCACCAUAUCUUUAUUUGUACUAUCUUACAGUCAUGCCAUAUACGUUGGCUUGACUGUAAGUUGAUGGACCUCUCAUAGAACAUUUUGAGCUGGAUAAACCUGACUUUACUAACAUGGAGUAUAUUUGAACUUUAGUGGAUAACCCUAUAAUUGCUAAUUAAAUUAUGUGUGAAAUUGGUGGUUUUAUGAGUUUUCUAAUGCUCGGUUCGGUCUCUUCUUCUAGCACUUCCAGACCAUGAUCAAAUCCAAGCUGAAUGUGUUGACCCUCCGAAAAGAGCCUCUUCCAACUGUGAUUUUCCAUGAGCCAGAGGCCAUUGAACUUUGCACCACAGACCCGCUUAUCAAACCCCGACCACAAGCUGGAUGCAAGGUACUGAACCAUUCUCUUAAACUCACAUUGCAAUGGAGUCUCUCCCUUAUUUGAUGGUUUAGGACAUAUUUUAGCAAGUUAUAUUUUUAAAAGCAAAGGCAAACUCCAAACCUAAUGUUUUAAGUAAGCUAGUGAUGACCAUAUAUGUAUCUUUAGAAUACCCGUCCCUGGUGACCUUAGCAAAUUCUGUCUGGUAGACAUUUCUGUUUAUCACUGUAAUAAUAAACACUGCAUGUAGAGUCAGCAAAGUGUGCUGCAUCUAUAAGUUCCCCCUCUCUUCCUUGCCGAUUUGAAGUGGGGUCUGUGCUAUGUCAGUGAGCACACUUUAUAUCCAACUAAUGAACUGUGCUACACCUCAUUCCUCAUCCUUGCAACACAAGCUUGCUUGCUUGUUUGUUUGUUUUCCUUAUCACUCCUGGAGCUUUAAAGGAAACAAAUUUACCUCCCCCAUAAAGAAAAAGAGAGAAAAAAGCUGGAAUUAGUACGAAAUGCUUGGCCUGAGAAUCUUACUUGACAGAUCUAGAGUGUCUGUUUUCCUGACACUGUUUAUGGAAAGGUACUACAGCCUUGUGAGAGAAGUCACCUGUGUGCUUUUAAACCUUGUGGUGUAAAAUAACUUCCAUGGAGAACAUUUUUAUUGAAUGUUUAUUGUCCCUUUUGAAGAAUACCGUGCGAUUAUGUAGCUGGAGAUUGGGUGUUUAUUAGUACAAAUUGACUGUAAUAGCUUAUGACAGCGUCAUGCUUGGUUGCUGCUUCCCUGAUGUUCCUUGAGCAGUUUCCUUAUAGAGUUUAUGGGUGUUAUUGGCCUCUCUACAUUUCUUGGCAUUUAUAUUGCCUCUGCUGCAAGACGUCAUUGUUUAAAGGUUAGUAAAUUAUUUAGAUUAAAUGCAAUGCAACUCAAGCUUUAAGAUUUAGUGCUCUUUUUCCAUUUCUUUAAAUAUUUUCUUUAUUGGAUGAGAGUGGUGUUGAGUGGAAAAAGUAGGAAAACCUUGAUUCUAACUGGGGAAAAGCUUUAUUGUACAGCCAGGUUUUGGUUUCCUUCUUAAUAUUUGAUAUGUUAGCACUGCUACAUUAAGGACCUGGUGCUGACCAGUAUGAUGGGCCUAAUUACAGAAUCGUUCUGAUGGAAAGCACUAGAACAGCCAUACCUCUCAAGUGCUUUGUAUCUGGUGAAGGUGGUGCUGGUGAGACACUACUAGCAGGAUACAUUUUUAAGCCUGCAUGUACCCUAUGUUAUUCUCUCUUCCAUCUGUCAACGCAAACUACCUGUCCAUCUUGGAGCCCCACAGCUCCUCUCUCUCUCACUGAUCACAAACUCAAAAUGUCCUUUCUUCUCCAGACUCCCUUGUCCACUUCUCUCCUUACCUUCCUACAAGCAGGCAGAAGCUAGCUCUGGGUUGGCAGCCUUGGUAUGAUGUUGAAUAUAUUGAAUGAAGCAGAAAGUUUAUAUGCCACCUUAUCAGAAAAUGAUUAAAAGGUAAUUGGCUGUUAUAGAAACAGAAGCAUCAAGAACAUCUGCCUAGUGCGUGGUCAUGGUUACUUUAAUCUUAUAGCCAGCCAGUGCACUCACCUUUUGUUCCCCUGCAUCCCACCUAAUUUCCUAUACACGGUACCCUCAUCGUAGAGUAAGAGCAUAUGAGCAGUAGUGGGGGAAAUGUUUUUUGUUUGUGGUUUUUUUUAUUUCCUUACCCCUGCCCGGACACCAAAAACCUAACUCUCUCCUUUGCAUACUGUGGUCCACAAUGGUAGAGUUCACUGUGUAGGCCGUGGUUAGGAUUAAGAAGAUAUUAAGGAUGCAGAAUAGUUUUGGUUGGUGCCUGAAAUUGGUGGGUGUGUGUAUGUAUGUUUGUCUGCAUCACUUUUUAUGAAUCCAUCUGUAGAAAAACUGUUUACCCUGAGUAAACUAACAUCAAUUCCAUUCAAGGAGCAUUGACUGAAUUUGCAUGUGACCUUAGACCUUUUUGUAUACAUUUACUGCUUGGAUUUAAAAGUUUGAGGAGUGUGUGCCCUUACUGUUGGAGCACUAAGACAUGUGACUACAUUUCUGAAUGUUGUUCCAGAUGUUCUGUAAAAGGAAUUUUGGGGGAUUAGAGGGGGUGUUAUGCAGGCAAGUUUGUAUUGUUUCUAUAGCUCCUUUGCAGGGUUUGUUAGUAAUGUGUAACAUGCUGUCCAUUUGGCGAGGCUAGUCACCUAUGCAAUGCUGUAGCAGAGGACAAGGAAGGGGUUGGAUGAGCACUGAUUACUUUGUCUGCAGUCAGACAGCUUUCAUUUGUUAUCCAGGUCUGCUUCUGAGAGCAGUCCAAACUUGUGACAGAAUCCUGCUGGUGUUCAAUCGGCAAACUUAACUCUUGUGGUCUGACUUCUUACUUAAAGAAACCAUGAUAUUUCAGGGGUUUGGGUUAUUCCCCCAACUCUGUUGCCCUACUGGGGUUUGUGUAGAUCUGGUGUCUGCCGUUUUUGCAAGUCCUCCAUUUUUUUGACAGGUUAACGAGUUGGAGAUGUACUAUUGAGAAGGCUCUGUGGUUGAGCUGAGAACAUUUAGAAUGGAUGUUCCAUGAAUUGGAAGACGUGGAUCCCACGUUUGUUAAUGAUAUUAGGGGAGUGGUAAGGUCUCUCUCUGUGUGGAUAAAAUGGUGGGAUACUCUGUUAAUGUUGUAAAUGUAUUGGAUGAAUAUAUAGAACUCUGUAAUAUUUUAAUGUGGUAAUUUACUUUGAUGCCCUAUGUGGAUUAUUGCUAUCUCUGUAUUGUAAAGACAUGCUGGUCUCGAUAUGUGUCGUUUCAUGUUAUGCUAUCUUGACUAAUAAAAACAGACUUGCAAAAAAGAUGCUACAUCCCCGUGCUGGUUUACACUAUCCCUCCCCAAUUUAGACUGCCACAUUUCUCUGAAAAUUGGCUCUCACUCUGCCCAGAUCAGAUUUUGCCACAUUUGCAUUUCAGAGGCACACUCCAUACAGCAAACAGACACACCACAUGUUUGAAAUUCUACAGACAAAUGAAAUUAAUUUGUUAAAUUUAAAAAAAAAAAAAACAUGGCAGGAAGCAGCCUUUACCACCCUUUCCAGCCAGGCAUCAAGCCCCAGUCAUUUUCCCUUUCUUCUGACAGGCUGACUCACUUAGCCACCACAGGGGAGGGCCCAUUCUGUGCUGCAGACCUCAGGCUAUACCCAAAACAAGCUGAACAUGAGACAGGCAGCCUCUCAUUCUGGAGUGAGAAUGGGCAGGGGCGAGUUGGAGACAGCAACUGACUCAGAAUCCAUUGAUUUCUGCCACUCAUCGGACCUUGCCCAUUGGGAAUAAAUAAAAAAUAAAAAACUGUGCGUGUUCUCACCUCAACCUACAUCUACUGGGGCCCAUAUAUCAGUCAUAUAUCAGUUCUGAUUGCUAAAUACCUCAUAUGUCUAUGAUCUAAAUAGAAUGUUUGUAGUUAAUGCUGAUCAUGUACCAUCCUUCUACAAUGCUAUAUAAACACAACCCCUAUGCUAUCUGUUUACAUGCCCCAACGUUAACCUUACACUAUUCCUAACUCCCUAAAAAUAAAGCAUUAACAACACCUACCCUACACAGCCUAACCCUAAUCCUACACGAACACUUAUCCUAACCCUAGGGAAACCACCUGGUAAUAUUAGUACUGAUUGUUAAAACCAUAGUUAGUGAUAUGCUGCUACUGAAAAGGUUAAUGAGGCCAAAAUCAAAUGAAUUAAAGUUGCAUUGGUACUCAUUGUCCUUUAGGGGUAUUCUCAACAUAAGACUUUAGAGAUAGAUCCUAACAAAUAUGAAAAAACAAUCCCCCUUCCCCCCCAAAAGAAAACACACAACUAAACUUAGAAUAUGUGUUCAAAAGCCACACAUACAGAAAAAUGAGUCAUACAUGUGGCUGCAACGUCAAUUGUCUAACUGCAUGCAGCAACAAAAAGGUCUUUAUUGUAAUAAGUUAUAUUUACACCAGGCCAUACUAGCCCAAUUGUAUCAUUCAAGUUCUCAACAGAGAUUGUGAUCUAAAUUGUAAAAAAUCUGCAUACUAUAUAUUUGUUAGAAAUUGAUUUGUACAUUAAUAAGAUCUCCCUCAGUUAAGUAAUGCCAUAUUGGAGAUUCUUCGUAUCGGAACAAGAGAUACAUAGAUCUAUGAAAUUAAUCAACAGUUCCAAUCGUCAGGCACCUUACUGUUAAGUUGUUCUCUCUUUUUAAUCUAUAUCCUAAAGGCUCAGAGUUAACAUUCGUGCAGAAUAUGAAAGCUCAAGAACCUAGUUUAUAAACCUUGAUGCUAAACUUUGUUUUAUUGCCUUUGUUGAUCCGUUUAGAUAAAGUGGGUUUUACCCUGGCUGAGAAGCCCCUAACUAUUUCAAGGAUGCCACCCAGUACCCCUUUGUAAGGAGAUUAAUCAUUUUCAUGGAUUUGCUUAUGUAACAAGCAGGAUGUAGAUUUCCUAAAAGGAGAACUGUGCUCUGCCUUGUUAUAAGUAAUCUUACUAUUAUAAAUGGAAAUGGUUUUUUAUUGCCCUGGCUUUAGGAAUGGAAUUUCGUCCUGUAUCCUUCCACCUAAAAUGAACUACAUAUAAGCCAAUCAUUUUAGCUUUAUAAGAAAUAAAAAUAAAUUCCUCUGCACUCUUGGAGUUACAAAAGUUAUUUAAAUUUUUUUUAAAUAUUAAAAUACAUACAUUUUAAAAAUUACUUUUUAGGAAUAAGAACCCAAGAUGUUUUCAAGCAACCUGUUAUUAUUCUGGCUGAGCGUCAUUGGAAAUGGGAUUCACAAAUGUCUGGUGUGCCAAGGUUAGCUGGCUCUGAGAUUGACUAAACAUCUUGGGGCAGGAACAAUCUGACGGCUUCGGUUUUGUUCUUUUUCAACCAUUUUCCGCACACAGCGGUGUAUCUAACAUUGUUCCUGCUCGAGCAAUUUCAGCAGCUUGAAAUUCUCCUUGCUAAUGUAAAACAGAUGAAUUGGUGUUAUCGUGCAAAUGGGUAUUGCUGUUCAGAAUGACUUGCGAGUCAUUUAGAAUGUGAUUGUUUGACAUGUCCAAUUACAGAAUCAUUAGCAGUGGAUCUACUGCAGCUCUGUGAUCUUAGGAAAGCCUAGAACAUUUCACUACAUAAUCAAAGUCAUUUUUCCCUUCCAUUUGAAAUGUAACCAGUCUGCUUAAUGGUUUCUCUGAUCACAUAGUAUUUGCACGUACCAGUCUACAAAAUUAAAAUGGCCGAAUAAAGAAAAUCUAUGCAGGAAAUUAGAUUUAAUUCAGAUGAUGUCCAAGUAUAUCCAUUUUCAUUCCAACCCUGCAGUGAAUGAAUGAGUGAUGAUUGGCUGAGCAAUUUUAUUAUUUGUGAUGGGGUUAUGAUGUGCUGUACUUGACAGGUUUAAUCUUUGAAAUAUUUCAGUUUGCAUGCUUACUCAUGGCUGCCAAAAUGCUUUGGUCUUCCUGAAGUAAAAAUCAUUUACAGACCGUGGCUAACAUUCUGUUUUUCUUAUGAAACAAAUAUUUUUUUCAAUGGUUAAAGGAACACUAUAGUCAUCUAAAUUACUUUAGCUAAAUAAAGCAGUUUUAGUGUAUAGCUCAUUCCCCUGUAAUUUCACUGCUCAAUUCACUGUCAUUUAGGAGUUAAAUUACUUUGUUUCUGUUUAUGCAGCCCUAGCCACACCUCCCCUGGCUAUGAUUGACAGAGCCUGCAUGAAAAAAUAACUGGUUUCACUUUCAAACAGAUGUAAUUUACCUUAAAUAAUUGUAUCUCUUUCUUUGUAAAUUGAACUUUAAUCACAUACAGGAGGCUCUUGCAGGGUCUAGCAAGCUAUUAACAUAGCAGGGGAUAAGAAAAUCUUAAUUAAACAGAACUUGCAAUAAAGAAAGCCUAAAUAGGGCUCUCUUUACAGGAAGUGUUAAUGGAAGGCUGUGCAAGUCACAUGCAGGGAGGUGUGACUAGGGUUCAUAAACAAAGGGAUUUAACUCCUAAAUGGCAGAGGAUUGAGCAGUGAGGCUGCAGGGGCAUGUUCUAUACACCAAAACUGCUUCAUUAAGCUAAAGUUGUUCAGGUAACUAUAGUGUCCCUCUAAUUUUCAGGAAAAUAUAGUCACUAAAGUGGCCUUAAAUUUGGAAUCCACUUGGAAGUUUCAUGGACGUGAUUAACCCUGUUUAGAGUUCAAGGGGCAAACAAAAUCAUCUUUUACCCUUUCGUUUCCAAAUUUAAGUGUUUCCUAUGGAGGAAGUCUAAUGGGAUCACCGUGCAUGAGCACUAGGUCCCCCAUGCUGGCUGGGAGGAACAAAGGCAGAGCCUGAAUUAGCUCUGAGGUACAUUGGUGCUGGAAUAGUGUGUGAUAAAUGGCUUUUUAACCACUUCAGCACCACGGGGGGAGCGGGGUUGCGCGAGAGAGGGCACUAUAGGGAGCCAUACUUUUCCUAGCACUAUAGUUUCCCUUUAAGUAACAUUUUUAGAAGCAGUCGUUACAGCAUGGUACCAUCUUCCAGCAGAAAAGGCAAAAGCCAGUUGGUCUUAAUCUGCUGUCAUCCUAUGUGUUUGCAAAGUUUAAAACAUUCUUAGCCAGUUUGUGACUCACGGAAAAAUUUUGGCUUCGCAGCUGUGUGUGAUGCCUGUUUAUCACAAGACUGAACAUCUAUCCAACAGGAGGAGCAGCGAGGAAUGUGUCUGCCUGUUUCUUUAUUACAACCCUGUACCGCAAAUGUCCAUUAAGGCAUAACAUUUGAUUAUAGCUGUCAUAUUCCUAAAAGCAAAUAUGUUAAAUUAUAUAGCCCCCAUCUUCAAGCUGUAGUGCAUUAAUGGCUGGGUGCAUGUGAGAGCGUCUGGAUUGGGGAAUGCAGAAUUGGAUCCAAAAUGUUGGCUCCCUGCUAGCUUCUAACCAGAUGUUUUGAUUUUUCGUGAAUAGAGUGCUGAUGGGAUCUUUGAACGGCCAAACUAGACAUUUUUAGAUAUUUAACAGUUUGUGUGUCUGGACCAUUGCUUGCAUUCCUUAAGCCUUCCAUUUUGGUAGGUUUAUUUGGUACUAACAUUUUGUAAUCGUUAAACCCACGACACACAGAGGGGUCUUCGUGAUCUGAAUUCGGAAAUCAUUUACAGCCUUCAUUCUGUGCGCAACUUUAGCUAAUUUCAGUUACACAGUCACAAGCUACAAAAGGCUGUUAUGCCAAAUGAUCCGAUUUUGGAUGUAGCUGAAGCACAAUGAAUUUUACUUGUUUUUCUUGUAAGUAUGCACAACUUACAUUUUACAGCCUUUUGCCAUUGUGUUCAGUAUAUUAUAUUUUGUGUAUUUUAGAUGUACGUUUUAAUUUCACCAGAUAUUGGUUGCUAAUGUAUUCCCUUAAUUAUGAUUUAUACUUGUUUAUAGCACAGUAUUGCUAAACCCUGGUAGUUGUUUGUUGUGUUUUGUUUUUGUGUCAUUUUCCAAUUUGUUGUGUAAUUGUAAGGACUUUAUAGUUACAGGCAAUAUUUUUCAAAUUUGUUCAAAGUUAACAGAACACAAUUGCAUAUAACCAGACUUUGAUAAAUAUAUCUUUCUAAAACAAAACAUGACCUAUCUGAUUUAAAGGAACAUAUGUUUAUGUUCCUAAUACUAUACUGCUGGAAUAGAUUUUCAGUUGUCUGGCCCCCUUGUCUGAAGUUUAAAGGUGAUUAAGGAUUCCUUUUCUCUCUUGCGGAGGCCGUCCCUGCCUCCAUGGCUGAGAUCAUCAAUCUUGAUGAUCUUAGCCAAUCCAAUGCUUUCCUAUAGGAAAGAUUUUAAAGUUCUAUAGGAAAGCAUUGGGAGGGUAUAGGAAAGCAUUGGGAGGGUAUUGCGCAUGCACCACAAAAGAAUCUGUGCAGUGCCAGUCAGCAUCUCCUCAUAGAGAUAUAUUGAAUCAAUGGCUGUAACCAGGGAUGGGACUGUUCUGAGAACGUUUGCGUGACUUACUAAUAAUAUAUGCAACUAAAAUGUAAUUUUGAACAAGAACAAUGUAUCUUAUUUACUAGGCAUGUGCAAUUCGUUUUGAAUGCAAAUUAGAAAGAAUUUCGGCAAUUCGGAUGUUUCUGAAUGUCCGAAGUAGAAGUAGGGAGGGAAAAUUAAGUAAAUGAUUACCAGAAUCUAACCCUAGAUGUGUAAGUGGUUGUGGUGAUUUGGGUUAGGAGUAGGGUUAGGGAAUUGAUGAAUUUCGGAAGUGCCAAACCAAAUCAAAUUUUUUGCCAAUGCGCAUCCCUAUUAUUUAUACAGGCUGUUUUCUAAAAACAUCUAUUGUAGUCUAAAGGCACAUUGAUGUGAAUAUUAUUGCUGUGAAGCUGUUUUAGACUCUACUCUGUCCUACAUUCAGAUACAAUAGAAAAGAGAGAUAAGAUGAUCACAAAGUGACAGAGGAAUAUGUGCCCAAAACAGAUGGGAGGAAUGUGGUGGUAGUCACAGAGACCCUAUGCCCCUGAUUGCCAUCUUGGGCUAUUUCAAGACAGUCUUAGCGACUGAGGUGUGUACUACGCCGUUACUAGAAACUUCAGCACGAUCUAUAUACACUCUUAAUCACUGUUGUAGAGUGUCAAUGAUCACAAUAUGUUUAACUGACCAUGACGUACGCAUUCAUUGCUCACGAAGGACUAAACAAGAAAUGGUCAGUUUGUGGCAGAGUGACAAUUUAAUCAUUUGCGUACAAUUGUAAUUAGGACCUUUUUAAGUCCUUGCAUAUUUUGGAAACAUCCCUAAAGUGACGUGUACUUGUAAUUGGGUUUCCAAGGAGAGCGUAAUUGGAGAUAGAUAGAGAAAAAGAGCAUCUAUCUAUAUCGGGAGUUACAUUUGGCAGACUUUUUUUUUGAAGCUAGGGCCAUUUCUUGAUCUUUCUACCCAUACAAGAUAGUUCUCCAGCAUUCUGCACAUGGGAAGACCUAGUGGUAAUUUUUGGAUUCACCUGAUAACACACACCCUGCUCCCUUAAAGUCUUUUUUUUCCUACUUCCUAACACUGGAAGUGUCUAUAAUAUCUGAUCAAAUUUGAAGAUCUAUUAAGGGGAAAAAAAGGUUCUGUGCAUACCUGCAGCAGGAGGGCGUAUUGAAUGAGCCAGCCACCACCAACCACAUAAAGUUGGCUGGACUGGAACUGCUGAUGUAACGGUUAAAUGAGGUCCCUUGUAUUCAUUCAGGCAGUGGAAUGUCUGGGGCCUUGUAAUUUUACUUUUUGGCAAAAAUCGUAUGUGUCUUCGGCAGAAUGCUGCUUAGCCUUUCUCAUUCAGAAUGUAAAUUGACAGUGAAUCACUACUGCUGAGAGUGCCAACUACUGGAAUCCAAAGGAAUUCUAGAUGUUAUUAGCUUGGGGUUUGCCAAAUUUGCAUCCUCACGCUGGAUGGAUAGGGGCUUACCGGACAACAUGGCAUGAAUAAUAAGAUAUCCAUAUUUAUUUUAGAGGUUCUGUAUGCAGACUUUUUUUGAAAACACCUAAUGUGUCUUUGGUGAAAGAAGUAUAUCUUUAAAAUCUAGAGUUCGUAUAAUUUCCAAACGGCGGUACUUUAAUAAAUUGGGUAUUAUUUUAAUAUCUAUCUGUACAAUAUAUAGUGGGGGAUCUGUGUGUAACUAAAAGAACACUUUUGGGUCCUCAAGCAACAUGUAGCUAUUGGAUUAUUAUAUUGGCAGACGUGCAAAACAAAAUUGUCUAUAUCCAACUCCAUGUCCUUGGACCAAACACAAUACUUUAGUGUCACUAGACUAAUACAGCUAUUCAUAAAACGUGUGUGUGUGUGUACGUACAUGUAAUGCUAGGAAGGUAUGAUUUCAACUUAAAGGAGACUGUCUUCAUUUUAUAUUAUUAUUCUAGUUGAAUAAUGACCUUUAACAUGGCCUGGGAGGGUAUACCGGUAUUUACUAUGUAUGAAUUACAAAAUCUAAUUUUAAAGAAUUUCCUGGCUUACCCAUGUUCUCAGUGGCUGGCCAUCUAUUUGGUUUGAAGCACAAAAUAUCUGUCAAGACUAAGCACAAUUUGAACUGCAGAAUCUGCUGCAUUUUUGGUUGGCAGUCACAUGCACAUGACAUCUGGAUAUGUGAACUCAAACUAGCUCUUGGUUAACUGUAUGGGCUUUAGUUGAAUAAGUGGUGCUUAGAGGAACACUCUGGGCACGUUUCAAUUGAAUGGAGUUGUUAUGGUUCCAGGAGGUCAAUGGCGAAGGCUUAACUUUCAGAGGUUAAGUCAGUCACUAACAGUUUAACCCCAAAGUCCAGUAUUCCUCUGUUGGCUUUAAAUUCUUGAAACAUAGAAACAUAGAAUGCGAUGGCAGAUAAGAACCAUUCAGCCCAUCCAGUCUGCCCAAUUUUCUAAAUACUUUCAUUAGUCCCUAGCCUUAUCUUAUAGUUAGGAUAGCCUUAUGCCUAUCCCACCCAUGCUUAAACUCCUUUACUGUGUUAACCUCUACCACUUCAGCUGGAAGGCUAUUCCAUGCAUCCACUACCCUCUCAGUAAAGUAAUACUUCCUGAUAUUAUUUUUAAACCUUUGUCCCUCUAAUUUAAGACACUGUCCUCUUGUUGUGGUAGUUUUUCUUCUUUUAAUUAUCGUCUCCUCCUUUACUGUGUUGAUUCCCUUUAUAUAUUUAAAUGUUUCUAUCAUAUCCUCCCUGUCUCAUCUUUCCUCCAAGCUAUACAUGUUAAGAUCCUUUAACCUUUCCUGGUAAGUUUUAUCCCGCAAUCCAUGAACCAGUUUAGUAGCCCUUCUCUGAACCCUCUCUAAGGUAUCAAUAUCCUUCUGAAGAUACGGUCUCCAGUACUGCGUACAAUACUCCAAGUGAGGUCUCACCAGUGUUCUGUACAAUGGCAUGAGUACUUCCCUCUUUCUACUGCUAAUACCUCUCCCUAUACAACCAAGCAUUCUGCUAGCAUUUCCUGCAGCUCUAUUACAUUGUCUGACUACCUUUCAGUCAUGUGAAAUAAUCACCCCUAAAUCCCUUUCCUCAGAUGUUGAGGUUAGGACUCUAUCAAAUAUUCUGUACUCUGCCCUUGGGUUUUUACGUCCAAGAUGCAUUAUCUUGCACUUAUCCACAUUAAAUGUCAGUUGCCACAAUUCUGACCAUUUUUCUAGUUCACCUAAAUCAUUUGUCAUUUGGCUUAUCCCUCCUGGAACAUCAACCCUGUUACAUAUCUUAGUAUCAUCAGCAAAAAGACAUACCUUACCAUCAAGACCUUCUGCAAUAUCACUAAUAAAAAUAUUAAAGAGAAUGGGUCCAAGUACAGAUCCUUGAGGUACCCCACUGGUGACAAGUCCAAGCUUCGAAUAUACUCCAUUGAUUACAACCCUCUGUUGCCCGUCACUCAGCCACUGCCUUACCCAUUCAACAAUAUUGGAAUCCAAACUUAAAGAUUGCAGUUUAUUGAUAAGCCUUCUAUGUGCAACAGUGUCAAAAGCCUUACUGAAAAAGGAAGCCAGGGCCAGGGGUGCUACUGAUUGGGUUUGAGCAUCAGCUGAUGCUGUAAGCUAAGCAGUAACUCCCCAUUCGUAAAACUUAUUGAGAAAUGACAGAGGCAGAGCGAUGGGGCACUGGAUACUGGACUCUGUGGUUAAACUGUUCAUGAGCGAUUUUACUAUUAAAGAUUAACCAGCACUAGGAACCUCCUGGCACCAUAUCAACUCCAUUCCACUGAAGCUAUGGUGCCUGGAGUGUUCCUUUAAAGAUGGCUUUCAUUUUGGAGCAAGAGUAAGGCAGACAUGCACUGAUCUUGGGUUUGAACUACAAAAUACAAACCGAGCCUAUAAUAUGCACAAGCUUACAUUUUAGCUAAUAUUAAAAAUGUUAGCUUUAUUUUUAUUUUUAUUUUUUUCUUCAUUUUUAAAAGGAAUAUUCCAAACCUAUAACCACUACAUCUGCUUAGGAGUUUCCAUUAGCAAUGCAGUGCUAGCUCAUUGGCAAAGAGUGUCAGCUGAUCAAUCUCAGCCGGUGACCUAAGACUGGCACCACCAGGCUUAGCUCAGACAGAGUUUCUGUUUGGUAUUGAGGAUGUAUUAAAGACAGGGAGCAGCACCUAGCGGACCCCAGGAUGUCAAAAUUUUCUAGAAACCAUUUGACUACUUACAAUGGGGAGGAGCCAGGACACUACCGGCAAUAUAACUAUUGUAUUAUAGAGGUAAUGGUAUUUGGAGUGUUUUGUCAUUUUUACUUCUAUCUACCGGUACAUUUUUUUUUAUUUAUUUUUUUGUGGAGCAUAUGUUUGCAUUCUAUUAUAAUAAAACUGGAACAUCAGAUAUUUGUAAUUGCCAUUUUAACUUUUGUACAAUUGUCCUUUAUUUUUAAUUGGAAAUUACAUUAGAAUCCCUUUUCUGAAUUUCAAAUUAAAUUCUUUUUAUUUUGCUUUCUAGGUGACGUAUCUGGGCAAGUUGUCAACCACUGGUGCACAGUUUUCAACGGGUUGCACGGAACAACCCGUUAUUGAGUUAUGGAAGAAACACACUUUGACCCGUGAAGAUGUGUUCCCCUCAAACGCUAUCCUCGAAAUCCGCCCCUUCCAGGUACGACUCCAUCACCUAGAUAUCAAAGGUGAAGCAACUGUCCACAUGGACACAUUCCAGGUGGCACGUAUUGCCUAUUGCACAGCCGAUCACAAUGUAAGCCCCAACAUCUUUGCCUGGGUAUACCGGGAAAUUAACGACGAUCUGAGCUUCCAAAUGGAUUGUCAUGCAGUGGAAUGCGAGAGCAAGUUAGAAGCCAAGAAGUUGGCACACGCUAUGAUGGUAGCUUUCAAGAAAACCUUCCACAGCAUGAAGAGCGAUGGUCGAAUCCAUAAGAACAAUUCCUCUGAGGACGUAUCCCAAGGAUUUGAAUCUGAUGAUGGUUGAACUGUGUCCUCUUAUUCCUGGGGAAGGCAUCAAUAAUCUGGAGCAGCAACUGGUUUAAGGUCCCAUUGGGAAAGAAGCAACAGAACAUUAGCUGGUCAGCUUCUAUAGAAAUUCAACCUCUAUAGAUAUGUGGCCUUGAAGUGUCUGUUGCAGUGCUGCUUUCCCAAAAAAUGUGACAACACUUCCUUCCUUUCUUCAUUCACUGCCUCCUCUCUGUACCUUUUUAAUGGUCACAAAGACUUGCACGACCUUUGUUUAAUUCAAGUUGCCUUGGAAAUUCGUUGAUCCAUUGCAGAACGUGCAGAUGCAGGGUUUUAAUUUUUUUUGUUAGAACUACAUUUAAAAAAAAAAAACAACAUUCUGACCAUUCCUAAGGCUGCCUUUUUAUUAUUUUUGGCUGAAACUCAUAAAUUGUUCCAUUUCUGAAACAUAUUUUUAUUUACACAGUAUAGAUAUAUAAAAAAUAUAUAUAUAUAUAAUACAUAGAUACAUAGCAUAUAUUUUUAUUUUACCUACAUUAUUGGUUUGUUUUUAUCUUACACGCAAUCAGUUAUCGUUUUGUUUUUUUCCCUUUAACAGUGUUAUGCCUCAUGGCUUUUUAAUCUCAUUAAAUUCUGUUGGCACCUAAGAUGUGGAAAGCUGUGGUGGCUUUGACUCACUAGUUUACAGCCACAUCUAGCACCACCUAGUCGCAUUUUGUUUCUUUUUAAAUAUUUUCUCUAAAAUGAGCCAAUGAAGCACCUUCAGAUGCGAAUCAGCACUUUAAAUGAUAUUCACCAAACCAUGUGUUCAUCUGUCAUGGUGAUGAGGAUCAGAAUAGGUGAAUUUCUAUCAGACAAAUUACCUGAUGGAUAAGGAGAUAAGUUUUGGAGACGAAAGUGUGAUUGUUGUGUGCUAAAACCUCAGCCACUGAAUACCCUAUAGUUUUGUUUUUUUUGUUUGUUUUUGGUGAUGGGCCUAAAACCUCUUGUGGUAAGCUAUGAAUCCAGAAAAAUUGCUUCUGGAGAUCCUUAAUGAAGUAUAAGAUACUGUGGGUAUCUUACUAUUCACAUUCUACCCGUUACUCCGCAUAUCUCGAACCAUACAUCUUUCCCACCUCUUAAGAAAAUCAGAUUCCUGGCUUUGAUCAGAGCCAAUACCUAAUAAGUUCCUAAUUUAGAAAAUAAAAAAAUGCAUUUCCUACCUAGUUUCAUUAACCCAACUUGGAGUCGGAUAGCUACAGCUCCUUGGAAAGAAAAAGUAAAAAAAUGAAACCGUACCGCUAACACAUUAAAUGUUUUAUAUUGAUUCUCUGAAUGUACAUCAAGACUCCUGCAAAUGCAAGUAUGGCUCCUAAAUGAAUCUAACCCUACAUUUUUGAAAACCCUUCUUUAUUAUUUGAGCUAUGCAUAUUACAAGAUUGAAUCCAUACUUUGCAGAUGUUGUAUGCCUCUUACUAAUCUAUUAGUUAUCAUUGGGCAGGUGUUUAGCUUGUUUUUGUUUUUGUUUGUUUGUUUUUGUUUUUUUUUGUGAUAUGCAAGGAUUUAAUGUAUAUCCAUUCUAACUAUCUGCGCUGCUGCAAUAUUUGGUUGAUGGUACUUGAAACAGGAAGGGAAUGGUUUAUGACGUGGAUAACAAGAAGGUUGUGAUGUGGUUUUUGGUUUUUUUUUUUUAUUAAAAAAAUAAAUAAAUGCACAUAUUGCUUUAAACAAAUGUUUAUUUUUGUAUUGGGCUUCCCAAGAAGAAACUCUGAUGUCCCAUUUCAUUUAUACAUUUUCUCUACAAGAAUUUAAUGAAAUCAUAUUCCUUUAACAAGACGUAUGUUUUAAGUAAGUUUUAAAGUGUUUAUGGGUCACUGUGAAUGUGUUUAAUCCUAUUUGCUGGAAUUUCAAUUAAAUUAAAUUGUGCAAAUAUCAACAGGAAAUCCCAACCCCCAACUUCCUUUAAAAGGCUAUUUUAUUUGUGAAUGUGUUGCUUUUUCAUAUAAUAAAUAUAUUAAAAACAGACCUGUUUACCACACCUGAGUAUGUGUAACUUACUUUAUUUUGAAUUUGUUUUUUCAUCUUUUUACAAAUUGAUUUUAAAAGUGUUUUCCUCCUCCAUUUUGUAA